AGCUGCAGGGAAGCUGCAUGUGUUGGACGUAAAAGGAUCUGCUCCCAUGCUCAUGCCUGAAAACACCGGCUGUGCGGUCCUGAAUCCGCCCUACUCUGCUCCCUACAACUAAACUGCAGCUCUGUGUUGUCUCGGCGAGGCACAAAUUUAAUCAUAAACCUGACCUCACAAAUCCGUUUGUAGUUUUGUAAUGUGGGGCGUGCGUGCUUCACAUACUACUAAUCCCUGGAUCCUCAGAGAAGGACCAUGAUUUCUGGGACGGUGUUGCCAGGGGGAAGGUGGCGCCUGGGACCUGUUGGAAAUGACAGCUAAGGAAGGAGGAUUGAAGCCUGGGGAUCACAAUAACAGUAAACGUAGAAGAUAGCGAAGAAACUCCCUCGCAUCGCUGUGUAAAGGGUGUAAGUCUGUUUGCAGUAUUUGACAGCUUUAGCUUCAGAGCUAAUGAUACCAGUGAUCCGUGGCUAACGGAACUGGAGCUGGGAGUACAUGUGGAUGCAUGCGUGUGUGUUUGUGUGUGUUUUUGUGGGUUUGUAGUGUGAAUUUGUGUUUGUGCCUGUGCGUUUGUAUGUCGGAAUGUGUAUCGCUGCAUAAGCCUUUACUUUCCCUUGCUGUCACGUUAGCUAGCAUGCUAAUUUGUUAAAGCUAGUUGGCUAAUACUGGCUAAUAAAAAGAAAUUAGCUCACUGUGGGCGUCGUGCCAGGCUGACCUUACCACUGCGAGUCAAACGCCCUGGUAUUAUAGUGAUAGAGCUGUUACACGAAUAUAAGAAGUAAUAGCUGCCCGAGGUAAUUAGUUCUCUAUUAGGAAUAAUCUAAUUAGCUCGUGUUGACUGUCAGACGGCAGGCAGGCUAGUUUGCUUGGCUGUUAGCUAAGCAGCUACGCAGAAGUGAGGAAGCUUUAUCGCUAAUUGACCCAGUUUGGAGGAGUAGAGGCCAUGCUGUCACUGCACUUGGCUGAACUUUGUUUACAAGUUGUGGACUUAUUUGUGAGGAAUAAAAUCCCCCUGUGUAGAUAACUAUCUACAAGUGCAAUAUGGAAAGGAGUUACCUAGCCAUAACUUAAGAAUGUUUUACUGUUUUAACCCAUAGAGUAAUGCAGUCAACCCCCCCCCCCCCCCCCCCAAAGGAAGUAACAGGAAAUACAAAGAAAUUUCAACUUGUUAUGAAUGACAUUACCUUACUGUUUCAACUCUCUUGCUAUAUGUGUAGAUACAAGGUAGUAAAGAGAUACUGGCAGACAGAAAUAAUCUGAUUUUGUGAUCAACAGCAUGCAGUGUUUGUUUACAGGCAAAUCAUUAGUAAGUACUUUAAAAGGUUUAAUUCAAACACUGAAGAAAAGCAUGCAUCCAUGCAUUUUCAUAACUCAUUUACUCCAGAGAGGCAUUACUUAUUUCAUUCAGAUAGUGGUGGUUGAUAUGAAGAAAAUAUAUAAUGAUUAUUGUUAAUUUUGCAGAAAUACAAUCAUAAUUUUGUCACUUUAAAAAAAAAAGUGAUUUUCAUGACUACUUUGCACGUAACUUAUAAAAUUAGUGUGGCUGCCAGCAAAUAAAUAAAUAAAUCAGUAUCUUUGGUUUAACACCAUCACCCGUUUUAAAAUUUUUUAAAGAGUUGAAUUGCUUAGGCAUGAAGCAUCCUCCAUCCUUACCCUCUAUAUUGGGGAAGGCACAUGUGACAGUGACAGGGAAGCAACAGGUAAAAAAAAGAUGGCAAACUAUUUAUUCAUUUGGAGUGAGACAUCCUGCAUUCUUGCUAUCUUUGCUGAGUGUUGCAUACGCAAGACAGCAGCUGUUAAAUGACUGGCCACUAAAACAGAGCAACAUAGCGGCAACUGAUGAACACUGUCAGGUUGUAAAAUGUCUAAGUCUGGGAGCAUGUGACCUGAUUUUGUACUCCACACUAGCUUUGUAUGGGGCACGGAAGUACUAUUUGAGAGUAAUAAGAGGCGUCAUGGUGACAUUUAACUCAACAGUCUAAAGUCAGGGCCAAGUGAUUUUUACAUUUUCAGUCCCUCACCUUAAAAUCUUAACCUUAUAACACCUGAUCGUUUUCUUUCAUCUCCUCUUCUUUUCUCCUUCCAUAAACCAGUGGAGCCUACUUGUACCACACCCCACAUUAAGACUAAAUCAUUUUUCUUGCAUGAAUUUAAAUUUUAGUUGCAUGUUAAUAUUCAAAUUAAUAAAUUAAUAAUAAAAUUUUAAAUCCUACAUAGUAACCACUGACUGAAUAAGUUAAUAAUGACAAAUGAUUGUUUUGAUAACUAAUGACAGGUUGACUAUCAAAGCAAUGGUUAGCUGCAGCCCCUCUGUACGACUACCACAAAACCAUUGCCCUCAAAGGAAAGGAAUCAUAGGCCAUGUAAUCUAAAGUACUUAAGUAAACAGAUUUAAUCUGUACCUGCAAUUUUGCCAACUUGACCCAAAAAAAAAAGGACAUGAUAGAAGGGUAAUAAUGCGGAUAAGCCUUCAAGUACACUCAGUUUUAGACUGUCGCUUUUUUAAAACAUUGAGUUGUUUGAUAAGAUAACUCUCAAAUGUGGUCCUACUAAAUUAGCAUAUCAGCCUGUAGUUACUGUAGUUCUGAAGCAACUCAUAUGAUACUAUCCAUUAAGAAGUAAAAAAAAAUUUCACAUAACUCCAGCAUAAAUGUGACUCUCUGCGAAGAGUUAAAGCAACAGUAUUCACUGGGUAAGCUAAUGAUACUCUAAAAGAAGACUGAAGUAAUGAGGAUGCACAACAUAAUAAUGCAGUGGAAUGACUUGAUGUGGUGUUUGUUUGCCCAUGGUUUGUAUCAAGAUUUCUCAGUCGAUGCGUUUAAAUAAUCAACAUGCUCACAUGGACUGUAAGCAUGCAACUGCAAUGUUUUUUUUUAAGUUGUGUUAAUACUACAAACUCUAUCAUAGACAGUCUAGUGCUUCCUAAUCUAAUAUCCUAUUUUGCACACUGAAGUGUGUUUGCAUGGCAUGUCAUGGUCUGCCUUCUUAUUAGUUUUCGGGAUCAACAGAAAAUCAUCCUGUUAUUUCAAAAUACAGAGACAAAUAUAGACCAGUUAAAUGUGAAAGCCAGUGUUUUUUGUCCUGGCAAAACAAGAAGACAUGUCAUGGACAUGGGCAAAGUAAAAUGAACUCCGUGCUACAGGAUAAUAAUUGUCUUUGUCUCAACAUAACAAGUCCAAACCUGAAAUCACUGAAGCCAUGGGGCAACAGUGUGAAUUAAAUAUAUGGAUGUAUGUCUGCCUUGGGCCUCUGUAAAAUGUUAUCAAUUUUAAGUGGUAAAACUGACUAUAUUAGAGGCACAAACUGCCAUCCUGGAGCGAUCAAAAUGAUCAUAUUUGUGUCUCAAUUAGUAGUCCUGCUGGUUUCUUGCCGUAUAAAGGUUUUUGUCUUGUUCCCACUGGUGUUUGUUUUUAAUCACACUUAUGUCCAAUCAGACAACAGGGGCAGAACAAUCAUAGCAAACCAUAGCAAACCAUAGCAAACCACAACUAUCAGUGCAUUCCUGGGUCAGCCGCAGUCCAACCUACAGCACUUAUAACCAGGUUGAAUGAUAAAAAAAAGGUAGUAUCAUUAAUACUACGCCGUUUUAAUUACUGGAAGGUAAUCAAGGCUCCAAGUACUCCUGGGUCAGCAUUUCUGUGAAAUGAUGUAAUGUGUUCCCUCAGGAUUGCCCUACAAAGUCUCAUGAUUCACGCAAGGCUGCUGAAAACAAGGCAAGCAUUAUACUGCUGUGACGUCAUGGUAGGCUCAAUAGCCCUAAAUCAGUCUAAAAAUACAUUUAGCUGUGAGACAUCUUGAUUCAGCCAUGUGGUUUGUUAUAUGAAGCUAUACUGGAGCUCUAAAAGUUAACUUAGGCAGCAUAAAUCAUCCCUCAGGGUACCCAGACUGCCCGUGUUACCAGUGAAAACGGGGCUGUUGUGACUAAUAAAAAUCCCUGAGGAUAUAUGGGACUAUAUCUAAAACACUUUCUCCUCCUGUGUCCUCACCCUGCAGGGUUUGUAGAGAUGGAGUCCCUGAUGAGUGCGGUAGCCCCACGCUCCCCAGCCCCCGUCAAGAAGUUAUCAGAGGUGGAUUUCCGGUCAGGGGCCACCCUGGAUCAGCUGUCAUCGCAGGUGUCUGAGCUGGUGAUACUGGAGCAAGGAGAGUUUGGAGACCAGACCGCCUUAGAGGUCCACACUGCCAAGGAUUUUAUCUUUAACAUGCUAGGUAAGCUUGCAAGCUAAUCAGAGUUGAACAUGCAUUGGGUUACAAGUUCACAUUUUCACAUUUUUAUCCCUCUGACUUGCCAUACUCCAAGUCUGCUGACAUUUCGAGCCUUUAUUUAGCUUGAGGUGAUGUGAUCAUGAUGCUAAAGGUAGUGUGCUAUGAGCAGCACACCACUAAGUAAUAGAGAUGCCUGAAUUCUAUUUUGGCUUUGGAUGUUGCAGUUUAAAUUGCUGCCAUUAAUAACUGAGGUAGAUGAAAAAGUCAGGUUGUGAGUUUGAUUUUCAGUGCUAUCAGUAUGUAAUGGCUCGAGUAUUUCCGAUCAUCACUUUAAUAUAAUCUGAUUUUAACAGACCAAAAGUCUCAGGGAAAGUAAUAAUUUAUUGCCUGGAGUGUUAUUAACUAUUAAUAAAUAGUACUUAAGUAUUUUGUGUCAGUUAUGAGGAUAUUAAACAGCACGCACAGGGGUCCCUGUGUCUCCAUGUGUAUAUUUUUAGACUGUUUGAAAGUGCUGAUCUGUCUUAAAAGGGCUGUGGAAUGGCUGUGUCUUUCCUCCUUUUUUUUUUUUUUUUUGAUGUCUGUGCCGUUGUUCAAACCUUUUUCAUUGCAAGGUCUUGCUUUUACCUCUGUAUAUUUUCCAAGCUUUGUGCGCUGAAGUCUGUGAUUUUCGAUGUAUGAGAGAGAAUGAGUGUAGCUGCUAUUUUACCUAUUAUUUACCCAGAAUAUAUUACUGUAAACAAUGAGCUAUGUUGUCCCUGAAAAGCUCCAUACUCAAUCCUUGUUUGACAUUCUCACUUAAAGCAAAGUUUUGCACAACCUUCUGCACGACUCAAGUCACUAAACCGAGAACACGUGUCAAGCUUAGUCUCAAGUCCUCUUUAUAAACAUUUCCGGUACACGGAAACCCCCUGUUUUUUAAAAUUCAGUUGUGGGCAAUUUUAACUUAACUAAGAGCGUAAAACAGGGAUAGAGUAGAAAACAGGGAGGUGGACUGGGAAUGAUGUGGUAAAAACCCUAGCAUCUGGCUCUAAGGACCGAAGCCUCUGGAGUGUAUGAGUUAACAACUAGUCCAAACCCUGCCCUGCUUUUCAUUCCAAACAAUUCACCUUACAAACCUCAUCUGACCUUGUGGGAGCUUUUGAUGCUUAUUAAACAGAUGACUUUGAUUAACAUUAGAUUCUGACUCGGGGAUGUCCUGUCCUCUUUCCCAAUUAUCAGAUAGUAGAAGAUCUUGGAACUUUUCUAAAUAAACAGGGAUCAGUAAUUUGAGCCGAUCAUCUCAUUCAGAUCAUUUCGUCAGCUGUCACUGGGAACAAUUUGGGUCAGAAUGCAGAUGUGCAACUAAAUUUGUGUAACCAACUGUUCUGGGUUCCCCUCUUUGCAAACCUAAGAUAAAAAUAAUAAAUGUGACAUGAUUUCAAACUCCAGCCACGGCUUAAACUUGAUCCAACCUGGACAUGCACAGCUGGUCAGAUUAUAGCCGCAGCAGCAGCAGCAGUGUACAGUAACUCUCCAAGGACACAUGAUUCAGAAAGUAAAAACAUUUACCACACAUAAGACAGUCUUAAGCAUUAGCAACCCUGUGGUAAAAAUGUCAGCAGUGUUGAAGUGUUUUAAAUAAAAAGUAAAAACCCUCCAACAGCUGCUUGAAACCUAUGCAGUAUUGCUUUACAGGGCAGUCAUAGAAGAGCUGUACUGAAUUUUGACACAUGUAAACAUGUAAAGGAAUGUCACAAAAUAACUAACACAACAGAGGACAAGCUUGCUACAUCAGCAAACUCUGGGCUUUAGAAAGGUGGAUAAAUAUCCUCCAGAGAGAGAAAAAGGCAAAAUGACAGAAAAGAUGAUUGAAUCCAUAGAAGAUCUGUUGAGAAGCUGCAUCAAUGUGAGAUCGAUCAGUCUUGCAGAUGAAAAAUGAGUAUCAAGCACCAAAAGAUGGUGGUUUGAUUUGGUUAAAGUCAUGUACUUGGCAUCUUGCAAUGGGGUUUUUGCACAGGCACAAUAACAAUUGCAGUUAUGAAACAAGAUACUGAGUGGCUGAGCUCUUCAACAAAAUAGAACAGUGCAGGUUAGAGAAUAUCAGUAAAACAGAUGCAGAUAAUGAAUUAGCAUAAUAAAUGCAUUGAGUCAGUAAUGGUUUGUGUUCUGUCAAGCUGUUCACUCUUUAUAAACACAUUUCAGAAUCUUCUUUAUGUAGAUCUGCUUUUUUUAUAAUAGGUAACAGGGAACAGAAAACACUGCUACUAUGAAAACUGGUAUUUGUUAGUUCAGUCCACUAACUGCUAUUUAAAGGUGUGGUGAGCUGCUGCUUGUCAUUAGAGAGAGAUAUCACUUAGUAGUUGUGGGAGGAAAAAAUCAAUACAGCCUAGAGUCGCAAUAUUUUGUCUGGUGAUGUAUUGUAUUGUAUUGUAUCGUUUCAUCCACCAAACAUUGAUUUUUUUUUAAAUUAAUUGCUAAUAUGAACUCAAGUCUAUGGUAAUGGAAAAAUAAAAUCAGUUGUUUUUUCAGUGAGGUUGGCAGAGGCGACAUCAUCGUGCUAGAGAAAGUAAACAUAGCACCUGGGGAAGGACAAUUAAGAAUGCAAGCAGGGCACAAAUGAGAUCAACAUGUCAUUUAAGGUUUGCAAGAAGUGCUACAUAGAAAUACAAUACUGUGUAAAUAAGACAAAAUUAGGGAAAGACAAAUACCAAGUCAGCUAAACAGUUGGAAAAAAUUGCAUAAAUCGCAAUAUAUGGUAUCGCAGUUCUCACUGUAUUGCAAAGUAGUAGUAGUAAUAUCUAAUCAUGGCCUGACUUUCAUGGUAAUAUCGUAUUGCAAGGCCACUAGUGAUUCCCACCCAUAUCACUUACUAUGAUACUUUAAACUAAAAGACCUCUUGUUCAUAUUUCAUGGUGUCUUUUUUCCCCCCUUUUUUUCAUAUGUACUCACAUACAAGUGAGCAAAACAUGGAUGCAAUUCAAAGAGUCUAGGAAUGUCUUCCCAUUCUACCUUCUCAUUUAGGCGUGCUAUUGUGUAAUUAUGAUUACUCACACUUAAGUCUCCAAAAUUUUGACACCAAAUUAAAUUACAACAAUAAGCAGAAAUCUGCAUCUCUCUUUUGAAAGAAAUGGGACAUGGCUCUCCCUUUCAGGCUCAUUUUAUGACUCAGGAUUUUGAUACAGGCUGUGUGACAAACUGGAUCAAAGCUGCAUAGAAAUCAAGCAACAGGUAUAAUAUCUCCCUUUGUGUCCCUUGACAGACACAUUAUCACAUUGUUCCAAGCUGAAUCUACAAAAUUAGUGGCGCUGCCAGUUUGUGGCAGUGGGGGAUAUAAUGAUUUAAAACUUGCAAAUUUGAUAUUUUCCAAAUGCAAAUUAGAUUCAAAUGAGAUGUUUGUAUUGAGGCACAUCUGAUUCAUGAAAUCAUCCUGUGGUGCUCUGCUCCCCCUGACUUCUCUGGCUGUCUCUCAUAACCUGAAUUUCUGAUCAAGGGGUCUGCCUGGCGAGACCUGGAAACAGUCUUGUAUUGUUUUAACUUGUCAGCUGUGAAUUUAAAGUGAAGUGUGUUUGUUUGUCCAAUAGGUGGCACUCUCCCCCCUCCCUGCUGUCCCCUGUCCUCCUUGUUUCCUUAUACAACUAACACUCUGUUUAUGUGUAUUUUAACGAGCAUCGUUGGCCUUUACCCUGAUAGUUCAGUCUAUUUCUUGUGAAGUUUCUGUUUGUAUAUGCGCUUCUUUUACUCUCACAAGCACACUGCUUCCCCAUUACUGUGUCCUAGAAUAACAUAACAGCCUUUUCCAACCACUUUGAGGUUAGUGUUAUAACAUUAUUUGACAGAUGGCUCCUUUAGAAUUUGAAAUAGCUUCAUCAAACAGUCCGAUCUACCCAGGGUAAAACCUCACAAAUCAGAGUGGCAGCAAGACCUCUUUUUAAAAACGGUGUUUGCAUCACCUUUAGAUGAAAUUAGCACCCGCCACCUGCCAAGUGUAGAGUGAAAGUUGGCUGAGGCAGAGAAAUCUUUAGGUGAUCAAACACCUUUAGGUCGACACAUGCUCAUCCUCUCCUAUGUGGUACUGUGAUCAAAAUGCUGUCUCCAGAUAUCAAUAUUUCAAUUGGAAAAAUCUGAAUAAUCCCAGCGAAGUUUUUUGAAUGUUGCUGUCCUAUUUUACCUUUUUUGUGUGAGAAAGAAGUGACUCCAAACAAGAUUAUAGCCCUAAAUAAACAGUUAGCUCACCUUUGUGGCUGAUGUAGAAGUGAGCUGUUUAGAGGGAGAUCAUUGCACUUUCAAACUCAUGUAAAAUGCAGGACUGCAUGGUUGAACUGGACCAUAUGCCUGUGAUGGACUAAAGUAACAUUCCUAUCUUUUCACACCAACAGUUAUAAAGGAAAGGCAGAGCAACUUAAGCUAAUGACUUGAAGCUGGGUGGCACGUCUAGGAGUUGACAGUCUAAGCAUAUGGAUAAAUCCCGGCUUUCCACAAUAUUUAUGGACGCCAUAUGGUAACCGUAAUUGCUACAAUAGAGCACAUUUUGGGUUAUUUUUAUUGCUCGAAUUUAUGUUGCUUAUGAAGAUUUACUGUACACUUUGUUAGAUUGGGUAUAUUUCAGCAGGAGUAAAUCCUCGGAAUUAAGCGUCAUCUGCAAUCAUUUUACUUGUAUUCACUGCAGCCCUUUAAUUAUUACUUAGGUUUGUUUAUGUAAAAUAAAAGUGGCUAUUGUAUUUUCACUAGUUUUGUUGUGAACAUUAGUUCCCCUGUAACUGUUCCAGGAGGUGCUGAUGUGGAUGUGGAUGUGUCCCUCAUCAGAAGAAGUGGAGAGGGUUUUUGAUCCAGAGUAAAAAAGGUCAAGUAUUUAAUUAGCAAUAUGUAGCGUGACUGCUUCAGUAAUAUCUUUCCAUACUGUCCCUUUUUUGUCACGUGUAACACAGUAGGAAAAUGAUUUCACCAAUUUAAUCUGCUUUAAAACAGGUUUCUCUGGCUGUUGCAGUCUUUUGCAUAACAGUGGGACGUGUUUAAGAUGUUAAAAUGUGAAGCUGCGUUUUGGCGGCAACAACCUUUCAAUAAACUUUGCAGCAGGCUGCGGUUUGCUCAGGGCCAUGUUGGUUUGGUUGUGUGUGUCUCUGCACUCUGGAUUUCCAUUUUUAAAACUCCUCCUCAACUACAAAUACAAAUUAGGCGAUCAAAUUGAUUUAACAUCCCACCCUACGCUCAUGUUACUUUGCAUAGUCAAUAUCGGAGAGUAGAUAGGUGCACCUUCCAGGUAGAAAGAGUGUCUUUGUAUUUCAACAUAAAGUCAGUCUGUCUUUCCCCUCCAAAAACAAGAUCACUAGCACUGUCAUGUUUUUCAAAUUUUAACAUUCCUCCUCUCUUUUUUUUUUUUUUUUGGAUGAUUCUAGUGCAAAGCUUUUAGCUCCCCCCUUUGCCUGUUUCCUCUCUCUUGGUUGAGGAAGUCUAGAUUUUCUUUAGAGGUUGCUUUCUCAGCCAUAAUAGUUGCUGGUAUUUUCACACCUCAUGCCUCCUCGCCUGCAGUGGCAGCUCUGACAGAGGCAAAAAAAAGUUUGGCACUUUCAACAUGGAGAGAGGUUUUGUGUUGGAUUCUAGGAAUAUAAAGUAAAGUACCCAGUGGUAGCUGCAUAAGGAGCUCUAUGCCUCUCAGACCCUGUGGAGGAUGAAAGGCUGCACCGAAAAGCAAAUAUCAUCCUCUUUAUGGAGGGGCCUUGGUACAGCAUGCAGUCUUUCUGAAUUCAAGGCUUGUCACAGCUGUAUAGGUAUGAGUUCAGGCAUGUGUGCCAAGAUGCCGAACACGAGUAGCUGGGGCUGUCUCUGCCUGGUUUUCAUAAAGUUUGAGCUGUAGAGGGAUCCCCACUGGGCUUUGCACACUGUCAGGGGAUAGAAAAAAAGGAAAGGGAUUAAACUUGCGUGCACACACUCACACACAAACACACUCCGGGUGCACCCAGUGAGUUUCUUCACAGGCUGACAGAUCCAAGGGGAGGCUCUUAUUUACGCUGUGUUUGAGUAAACACUGUGGUUUGCCUGCAGGCAAGCGUGGCCGGGCUACUGCAUGUAACUGUAGAAAAAACAAAAGUCUGAUGAAGGCAGGAAUAAAUCCGCUCUGCCGGUGAAGCAGAGGAUCUGAUGCCAGGCCCAGACAUACCCCAAACCCAACUUUUUCAGAUCAGAAAGUUUGUUAGUAAGCUGGAGAGAGUUUAGCUCAGGGUUCAGCAUGCCCCUGAUGUGAGCCAAAAAAGAUACUCUUGAUCUAAGUUUAAAAAGGCAUGAGUGCUGUUCUGCCUCAGCACACAUUUUAAUAUUUCUAUCUACAAGAUGAGAAAAACAACCUGUUGCAUGAAGACUUUUAAAGAAUUGAGUUGUUAUUUUGGAAGAAUUGCUCAUAAGUGAGUCUACAUCAGAUCUUCUUUUUUGUCUUAAGCUGAACCCGAUUUCUUGCCUUCCUGUUUGGCUUCUUACAUCAGCCCCUUUGUUUCCCCUCUGUUCUUUACACUUAAGCCACUUAGUUUGAUGCUUACUUGCUCUUAUACAGUGAUAAGUGCAGGCGUUUAGACAGAGAAGGCUGAUCCGCACCUAAGUUAUUUUUCUUCAUAGCUUAGGGAGGCACAUGUCAGAGGUUCACCUUGAGCAGUGAUAAAAUAUGAAAAACACACCAAAACAAAGCAGAAGCUAUCUGUUCUUGCAUUUGUGUGAGUGAUGUUGCAUGAGAGCUGCAUAUUCAUCAGUCCCACCGGAGUCGCAAGAUUUCUCUCUGAUUCCUGAGCUUGAAACAGACUGCAUUUGUAGAAGCACAGUUAAAUGUUUCCAAACCUUUCAUUUCUUUGAUUAUGAUGACGUUAAGCUGCAUGUACAUGGUUGAAUUUUAAAUUAAUACCUCUCCAAGAGGCAUUAUGUCAUGGAUGAUACGUAGAUGAUGUUUGGUUAUGCAUAACAGAAUCUAGACCGAGUUAGAAGUAUAAACCGUGUUAGGGUUGGGUAUAAUUUCAGCUUUAGUGAUUCCACUUCUGCUUAUCAACACUGGUCUUUAGAGAUUAAUGUUCAUGAUUUGAUUGCUUCAUUUUUGAAGAUUCAAAGAACUGAGGAGUGUUAAAAGAACAAAUAUCAGCCUGUCUCUAAUGUCAGGACAUUUAGAUUCUCAAAAGUGACCAAUCUGUUGUGACAAGAUGUAUUAUUAAUUUAAAAAAAGAACAUUACUGUUUUUAAGAAAGAUGGCUCCACAAGAUAUACUGCAAACCAAAACUUCUUUGAUAAAUAGUAGAAACACAUCACAAAGUACAUUACACCAUAACACAGUAUCAACAUACAGAGUGAACACUGGCAACUUAACAGUAACAAAUAGAUGUAACCUCUUAACCUGAAAUCUAGUCACCACACUGUGACAGUUCCACUCUAUCCUUCUAUCUACUUAUUCAUCAUUAUAGUGAACAGAGUUAAGGCAUUACAGGGUGGUGGUAUGUGUUACACCUAUUUGUCCUCUUUAAGGAAGUUCAGCUAGAAUUACAACUCCUUUUUUAGCUUCUGCAUCAAAGUUGACAUGUUCUGUUACAUUAGCACAGCAGAUAUUGGCAAAAGUAGAUGAGUAAAACUUAUCUGACUGAGGUAAAAAUGUAUCUAACUUUAAGGUAACCAAAUUAAGUGCAACCAAACUUCACAUGCCUGAUUGAAUUCAUGAACCCCAGAAAUCUAAGACCUAUAUGUGUGUAAUGUGUGUUCAGCAUUGCUUUUGCAAUUCCAAAUUAAGGAUCAUUGUCAAGGGGUUUUGACCAAUCAGAAUUAAGUAUUUAAAACAGCUGAGGAGCUCUCUUAAGAGCUACAAAUGCUUAGUAAAUAACCUCUGUUGGACUAGGAUUGACUUUAGGAUGGGAAAAAAAAUCAUAAUUCUCUGAGUUUUUUCACUAGGAUUAUCUCUUGGCACUAAGGAGUUUUAAGACUUGGCCUCUGAUAUCUGAAGUUGGUGUUCUAACAUACAGACAAGUGUUGGCCAGUGGAUGAAGGGGUGGAUUUGGCUUUGUGUUUUCUAUCAGACAGAAAAUUUCAUGUAAUGGGAGACAAACUUUGAAUAAGCUUGUAAAAUAUCUAUGGUGAGGGCAGAAACCAACCUCUGCUAAUUAGUGAAAAAGCAGCUCUGCAGCUUCACUCAGAAAACAAAGGCAUGAAAAAGUCUUCUGAUUUGGACGGUCUGUUAGGACAACAUAACCACAAACACAUUUGUCUGCUAUUAAAGCCCAAACUUCUUAACAACGUGUAGUGGUUAUUUGAAGUGGCUGACAUAACACUCAUGAAGAGGUACCCAGUUUACAGCAAGCAAACACCUGACCAGAUCAUCAUCUUAAGGUUCUCAGAUUAACUAAAAUGUAAGCAGUUCAGUAUCAUAAAAAUGAACCAUUUUGAUGUCUUGGUGUGUAAUGACAAUGUUCUUGACUGUAAACAGGUUUCUGCUGUAAAGUUUAAAGUUUAAUAUGGGUGUCUUUAGGGAAUGCCUGAUUAUCACAGCCACCCCAAAAGGCCUUGCAACAAAUUGUCAAUACGUUUCAGUUUUUGAUCUGACACAGAUUUGCUUGUUGCUCAGAAAUUCUCUCGGAUAGAAUUUUUUAAAGAUCCUGCAGAAAUAGUUAUUAAGACCAUUCCAAGGCUGCAUGAAAACUUCCAUACACUAGGAUAAUCAUUUUUUUUUGGUGGGUGCAAUGAAUUUCACCCGGUCAAAUUUAACAGUUGGCAGUUGAACUCAGUGUGAAAACACACUUUAAUCCAAGGUGGAAGACUGUUAGCCCUUUUUUGUAACAGUGUCACUGUAGUUCGAGCCUCUGUGGACAUUUCCUCUCCUGCCCUUUAAGAUGUAAUCACUACACACAGUCACAGCCUGAUCCACAGCAUCAGUGACAUAAGUCUUAACCACAGACAUAUGAACUCCAAACGUUAGUCUUGUUGGUAUGCUUAUUUAGAUCCCCCAGUGGCUGGAUAAAGGUCUGAACAUGAAAAAGGGUAUAAUUGGUGCUCUGGUUUGCACUUUGAAGGACUCUGUUUUAUUUGUGUCUUAUUUGUGGUUCUGUUACUGAAGUAAUAUGCAUGCCCACAAUGUUAACAAGCACAGAGAUAAAGACACCUCUGCCUUUGAAGUCCCACUCCGAUUUUUUUUUUAACUACUGAAAGACCCACUCCGAUGAAAAUCAUGUUUUUCUUGUCUACAUGUUCAUAUGGCAUUUCUCUGAUGCUACAGGACAUAUCAUGAGAAAAAUAAGUUCGAGAUUGCAUUUCUUAGUAUUUCUGCACUCAAAUCGCUGUGAAUUUCUCACAGAUCAAAACUGCGGGCUCAAACACAGUAAGAUUUCCCACGUAGCAGACCCAAACUCCACCCCCUGAGCCCUGUUAUGAUCGCGGAACAAGUGUCUGCAUUAGUGGAUUGCUAUGUUCGUAAGAAAGCUAAUUACAAUGUUAACUUUCAUCCUGUCCCCAAAAUAGUACACUUUAAGUAUUUGAACAAAAAAACAACCAGAGUGAGACUUUUAAGUUUUCUCAGUGGUCUUUAAAUAGUGAUUAUUAAGCUUUUAGCCAAAAUCCCGCCACCUGUAUCAUUAUCAUUUUCAUUAUUUCAAUCAUAAGCGCUUCACCUCUGAGUCGUGGGCGGAGACAGCACCGCUCUGCACACUCCUCUUUACGCUCCUCUUCACGCUACCUUGCAGCCUAACAUUUGCAGUGUAGGAGAAGUAGCAGGUAACAGGAACUAUUCAGCUCUUGGACACUAAUGUCUUUGGGGACAUGAUGAAAGUAAAUAUUAUAAUUAGCUUUCUCACAAGUUUGCAAUCCGCUAACGCACACACGUGUUCUGUGAUUGUCCUCUCUAUUUCUCUGAGUGUGGCCUGCGUAGCGGAGCUCCGGGGACGGGGCUUGGAUUUGUGACGUGGGAAAUCUCACUGUGUCUGAACCUGCCGUUAAGGUCUGCCAGAGAUUCACAGUGAUUUGAAUGCAGAAAUACUCAGAAAUGCAAUUUCACACUUACCUUUCUUAUGAUAUGUCCUGUAGCAUCAGAAAAAUGCCAUAUGAACAUGUAGACAACCAGAAAAACAUGAUUUUCAUCGGAGUGGGUCUUAAAAUCGAGCAUUUACCGAGUAUCUGUGAUGUUGACAGGAUUGCAACUUGGGACACAGAUACAGAGACUGCCUGCACAGUGGUCAGUUGUCCCCUUUGUAUAAGGGGCUGCAUAGGUAGAUGGUUAUCAGAGUCUAGUCCUUGAAACUAAGAGAGUGGUGUUGCAGGUCAAGUUCAAAUGAGUAAUUGUGUAGCCUUACCCUCACGUUUGCAUAACAUUUACCCUUUUAAUGACAAAACUCUACAAAAACAAGCAGGGGUCUUCAUCAGUGUCGGGGUCGGACCAUUUGAUAAAUUCUGUAAUCAGUGUCAGCUCACUGAGAAAGUGUAGCCUGCUGUCCUCCGUGAUGGCUGAACAUUCUUUCACAUCAUCCUAUUAACACUGAUGGUUUGCAUGUGACUGAUUCACAGCUGGAUGCUGAUUAAACUGCUGGGACUUGCUGCAACACUGAAUGUUCUCUCUAAUGUUGCAGAGCUCUGUUGUUGUUUUUAGUGCAGGCAUGGAAUGCUUUUCCAACACUGACACUACUCUGGUUAAAUAAUUUUUGUUUAAUGGCAGUUAAGACUUGACAGGAUUUGACACCCUGCACUACAUAUUUGGGAUUGAACAGUUCAGGCGUCUUUUCUGUUCAGUUUUCAUCAGCACAGUCACCCUGAGCCAAACAGCACAGAUGAGAUUCAUCUUGGCUGGCAUAUACACUACAGGCCAAAAGUUUGGAAGCAAGAUCAGAUUUGUACAAAAAAGAUCAUAGUUUCAUAUAAUUUGCAACAUAAAAAAACAUGACUAUUGUGUAAAGAGCAACUUAUCAGAAGACAUUUUGACUAUAAUGAUUAGGUAUUUGAGUUAUUGUUGCUUAGACUUUGCUUUCUUUAAAGUAACCUCCUCUGGCUUUAACAACAGCUUGGCAUUCCAGGCAUUUGUUCCACAAGUUUUUUAAGGUGUAUUCCAGGGAUUGCAUUCCAAGCUUUCUUAAGUUCAUUAAAAAGAGACUGCUGAUUCGUGGGACACAUUUUUCUGACCGAUCAAUCCAAUUCAUCCCGCACAAGCUCAAUUGGAGAAAGGUCUGGAGACUGAGGGGGCCAAACCAUCUUUUGAAGAACACCUUCCUCUUCUUUUGUGUCUAGGUAACCCUGACAGAGCUUGGCAGAGUGCUUAGGGUCAUUGUCUUGCUGCAAAACAAACUUAUGAGCCACAAGUCUGAGUCCAGAUGGAACAGCAUGGUGCUGGAGGAUGGAGUGGUACUGUUCCUUCUUCGUGAUACCCUAUACUUCAAACAAAUCUCCUACUCCAUCACCUGCAAAACAUCCCCAUACCAUGGAACUACCACCUCCAUGCUGAAUUGUGGGUGUAACACAUGGUGCUUUCAGACGUUCACCAGUUUUUCUGCGGACAUAGACUCUGCGUUUUGAACCAAACAGUGCAAACUUGUUUCUAGUCAUUAUAAGUUCAAUUUUUGUGAGCUUUUGCCCACUCAUAUCUCUUUUUCUUGUUCUGUGGACGAAGUAGUUUUUUUUUGCAGAUACACAACCCUUCAGACCAGCCUUUCUCAAAUGUCUUUUCACAGAUGUCAGAGAUAUGGGUUUCAACCUUGUCAUGUUGAUUCCCUCCCUUAUUUUUGGUGCUGUCUUUUGCCGAUCUCUCUUACUGGUGACAAUGAUGUGUUUAUCCUCUGCUUUUGUAGUCACUCUCUUUCUUCCAGGUCUUUUUCUAUCAUCAUAACUUCCAGGUUCCUCUAGUCUCUUCAGAGUGUAGUGGACUCCUUUGUUAAACAGCUUUAGGCGUUUGCAGUUUCUCUUUCUGUGUAUCCUUCUUUCCUCAAUGUACAAAUCUGUACUUUUGUUUCUUUACUCAGUUGCUUCUUUCUAGCCAUUUUUGCGGUAGUUUGAACGCAGUUGAGAUUUAUUAGGAUUUUUGUAUGCAGACUCUCAAAAGCCAAAAAGUUGAAGUGAAUAAUCCAACUGUGAUUUGUUUUUUUGUUUUUGCACUGAAGUUGUGACCUUUGCAAAUGUUUUCAACCCUAAAACUAAGCCCUUAUCUUUUGCUGACAUAUAUUUAGCAAUGGUCUGUUAACAUCAAUGUAUAUCUAAAGGUAAAUGGAGUAAAAUGGUGCAUUUCCAUGAAAGCAACAUCUGAUCAUGGAGUAAAUACAUCCCAAAAUACAUAAAACUCAUACUGGAUUUAAAAAAAAGGCAUUGUGAACAAAAACUUGAAGUUACUCACAACUGAUCGGCCUGUAAUGGCCUUGCUUCCAAACUUUUGGCCUGCCGUGUAUGUGGGUCAUUGUUUCUCGCUGACAUCUUUUUGAACUGCCGGCACAUCUCAGGAAAUUAAAUCAGAGCGCAGCUUUUUAGUCAAGAAUCUACCACAGUUCACAAUCUGUUAGUUGCUCCUGUGUGAUGAAUCAACCAACAACUGACUGUUUUGUUAAACAUUACUACAUUGUCCUGUGGCUGAACCACUCACAUCAAAUCAUUUAUCUGGUCUUGCUCAUUAUUUUUAAUUAAAUAUGACCAAAAGAUUAUAGCAUGCUGGAUAGAUGUGUUUUGAUAUUGCAUGACUUACCAUCAGCUGUGUUGCUUUUAAUAACCAAGGCUGACACUGUGAUUUCUGCUCUUCUAAGUCACACUUUAAGUUUUCCUUAGGGGUGGAGGAGGGAGGUGGCAGAUCAUUCUGGUCUGAGCUGUCAGAUGUUAACAGGAUCUUAUGUGCAGGCUGAAGCCGUUUGAGCUGUUUUAAAAGAAAUUAAAACUGAGUGUUUGCCACACACCUUGUCACGCGACGGUCAACGCUUUCCAGCUAUGCUAAAAAUGUGCAGUGAACUGACAGACACUCCCUCCACCUUUCUAAUAAUUUAAGUGAAGUUUCAGGGAACUUGAUGUACAAAAAUAGCACCCUGUCCAAGUGCCGGCUGCGCUAAUGGACUGGGUGACUCAGGCUUGAUGUAAAAUUCAGGUGUGAUAGCAGCCUCAGUCAGAGAGUGUACUAGGGCAGUGCACUGAACUCAUUCAGUCUGUGCCUGCUCACACAGUAUGACGUCAAAUGUGGUUUUUAAGGCUAGGUGGAAGGAGAUUACUUUGAAGCAUGUAGGAAUGUAAUCCAAGUAGAAAAAAAAGCUGCAACUCAAUUUUGGGCUUGUUUCCAUUUCACUUUCUAUCAGGUAAAAUGUUUUUAUUCACAGAAUCAACCCUUGUACAGCUUUGCCUUUUGUGUGAGCCCAGUAAAGCGUAUACUUGUUUAGAGAUUGAGGUUUGCUGAAAAACUCUUUCUCCUCUGGUUUGGAGAUUACAUUACAAUGGUGCACAUUUAAGAGGGAUUGGACACAAACUGAGUCACCCACGAGGUUACUGUUUUAUGGGAUUAGUUUCAAAACAGUUUUUAUUGUGGAGAUUUCAAUUGAUCAGUUUUGUAUAGACACUGUAAACCCAGAUAAGUAGACUCUACUUAAAAGAAAUCAAGAUAACUCAUUGCCUUAUAUUUUUUUAAAAUCCCACUCCGAUCAUUGUUUCUUUUACUACUUAUAGUGUUCUCAGUGGUCUUUAAAUUGUGAUUAUGAAGUUUUUACCAAAAAUCACAUUACCGGUGUCAUUUUCAAGGGCUUUUCUUCUGCAGAGCUCCAGUAGAUCAUUAGCGAUUCGCCUCUAAGUUGUGGACGGAGACAGCACUGCUCUGCACAAUCAGCUUCACGUUAGCUUGCAGUAGUGGUGUGUCGGUCAUGAACGAACGGAUCAAAAGAACUAGUUCUUUUUGGUGAACAAAAUGAACGAGGUCACCCCCCCCUAAAUGAUCCGUUCAGUUCUUUUGAUUGGCUGAAGAGUCAGUUCACCGUUCCUUAGGGCAGGACUAACUCCGUGCUUGCCUGUCUUAUCCUAUCGUUGCGCCUCGCUCUGUGGGUGGGUGGGCCUUAGAGAAGCAGCAGCAGUACUGAGCUGACUGAAAGACCAGGACCGAUGACCGACUCGGUCUCCGUCUUUUCAGUCAGCUCGGUCUGACCGAGAGAUUGACCGACUCUCAGACUGACUGAGUACAAGCGUUCACUCUCUGCGAGGUGCUGUCAGCCUGUCACUAGCCGACCGACUUGUGAACGCAACGGGAUGUACUGAAUAAAAUAAACUAUAAGGCAGUCUCUUGCGGGGGGUAUCUGUACUCACGAGUCCAACAAACAGUGCCACGGCCACUGCACGAGCCGACAACCGAGCCCUAGGGAGCGGGACAGUCACACACACACACACACACACACACACACACAGGCACACAGCUGCUGCUGCAGCCAGAGGCAGAGACUCACUAGCAGAAGGUCUAGCAUGCUAAGCUAACAAACAGUGGUUGAUAAGAGCACGCGGGGUUGCUUGAGGCAGCCGGAUGCGUUUGUCCAGCAAAAUAUCCUGAUGCAGUACGGUGUCUGUGUACAGACACAUCUGUAUUCAGCCACCGUUUGAAUUAGUACCAAUGCGUAAUGUGCUAGCCUAGCUAUAUAGCUUGGUUUAGCGUGGUCAACAUGCCGGUGUUUCGGUGUAAAAAGUGACCCUGUUACCUGGAAACUUUCAAAAAAAUGCGCAUGAGAUUGUCCCAAGUCGCACAGCUGUUGAAUACGUAUCCUUAGAGCUCUCUGUGUUUUGAAUGUCAGCAAAGAUGUAUCUGUUGGAAAUACUUGAUGUUAUUGUCACAAAGGGAGCUAAGAGGCUCUCGAUCGUUUAGAGUCUGAACAGAUCUCCCCCUGCAUAAACCCGAUCAGCCGUGUCAAGUCAGUACGUUCACUCACUGAACGAACGUGAACAUGAGCGAACGGACUGACUAACGACCAAUUGACCGAAAUGAACGGGUAUUUUUACUGAACGAGCCGGAAUGAUCCGGUUCACUGAAAUGACCGGUUUUGCCCACCACUAGCUUGCAGCCUAACAUUGCCAGUGUAGUAGAAGGGGCAGGUAAAAUAGGAGCUUUUUAGCUCUCAGACACUUAUGUCUUUAAGGACACGAUGAAAGUUAAUUUAAUAAUUAGCUUUCUUACAAGCAUUGCAGUUCGCUAAUGCACACGCAUGUUCUGCGAUCAUCCUCUCUAUUUCUCUUCGAUAUGCAGAGUAUGGCCUGCAUAGCGGAGCUCCGGGGACGGAGCUUGGAUUGAUUAGAUAUGACAUCUCACUGUUUCUGAACCUGCUGUUUGGUUCUGCCAGAGAUUCACAGCGAUUUGGUUGAAGAAAUACUCAGAAAAGCAAUUGUGUAGUUUAACUGAACAAACUUAACAUCUUUAGAUUAAAACUCAGAAUGUAAUUCAAUCAAUAGAGCAGUGCAACAUUACAUUGAUCCCUUUUUUUAAUUUAUUGAGCAUAUCUAUUUUCAAAAACAAAAGAAAUUAACAAAGCCUUGGCCUCAUAUGUUUUCCUGUUCAUGGUAGAGGAUCCCCCCUGGCACAUCAUUGUACGAACCUCCUUCAUCAUCGACGUCCUGUAAGAAAUAAUUAUUUUCUCACUAAUAAAACCACAAUAUUUACACGUUCACUCCAUCCUCAGCUAGCUAGAGUUAGAUGAGCUAAGGAAAAAUGACAGUUAACUAACAGCGUAAUGUUAAAGCUUUUGAAAAUAACAAUUUGAAAUCGACUCUCCAAAUGAACCCAAAAGCCACAGGGCAUUAACUAAAUCGUAAAACCUUGAAGAGGCAUCACAGCUAAGAGUGGAACUCAUACCCAACUAACAAAAAGAAUUAACCAAACUAAAUAAAGAAAAUAAAAAUAAAGUGAGCUAGUGUGCACCAACGUACCAGGAUUUUUGUCGAUAAGUGGCUAAGUCAGCUGCUUCACCGUCUCAGCUCAACUUUAGCUGUCAGGUAGCAACAGAGAAAGAAGUCUACCUUUAUUGUUUAGAUAAAUUUAUUUCUCCAAAUACUUCUACAAACAUGUUGAUUUGACAUAUUUCUUCCCAAUCCUAGCCCUGCAGAAUUUGUGGAACUACAGCUGCAACAAGUAGGACCAUUUAUAGCUCAUACCUGAUAUUCUUUUGGAUACGUAAUGUCAUUUUUUAGAAAACUUAACUGUGCUUGCACUCGCAUACGUGAUACUGGACAAGAGGAGAGAGUAAUGCUGUAUCCAAACUGUUCUAAAAAAACAUUUACGGAAAUGAAUUACAUGUAGAGUCAUUUUAGGAUAUGAUUUAACACCAGUUCUCAUGGCAUUAGAAGGUUAAUAUAUGACUGAAGAGCACCCCACCCCCACCCUUGUUUUUGUUUCUAAUAGGAAAAAAAAGUAGUGGAGUAAAGAAAUUAUACCAAAUUGCAAAACUCACAAAUCUCAACACGUGAAAUCCCCAAAAAAUCCAAUCUGCUCUCAGUUUAUUAAUUUAGCCAAGCCGGGACACAAGGACAUUGUCCCAGAAUUGGUAUGUUAUACCAAGAUACUUAACACAAAGGCUGCUCAAGACCAGAUGGGAUUAGACUGAGACCCUCCCAUCCUAUCUUUAACCACAGGAGUGAAACACUUUGCAGCUUUUAUCAAGUUACAGUGAAGAGUAGGGUUGGGUAUCGAUGGGGACCGGGACUAACAUUUCGAUUCUUCUGGUAUCGUUCAAAAAUUUAAAUUUCGAUUCCAAGUUUCGAUGCCAAAAAUCAACGAAGAAGAAGCCGCUUAACACCAUCGAGGAUGGAGCGUAUGAGACGAAGCCACACAGAAAGUGAAGAGAGACAGAGAGAGAAAGUACAUUGCAACCCACAGCAAUGCAGCCACUGUGGGUUACAAUGCACUCUCUCGCUCUGUCUCUCUCCUCUCUCUGUGUGUGGCUUCGUCUCAUACGCCCCGUCCUCGUUGGUGUUCGGCAGCUUCUUCUUCGUUGGUCAAAAGUUUGGCUAACUUUAGCAGGAAGAAUGAGCUCUUAUCUCAAUGCAACAUUAGCAAUAUAGUUAGAUCAUGCAAAGGAGGGUAAACGACCAACAUGAUUAAACACCUCAGGAUUCAUGGAGGAGAAAGAAAUACCUGAGUGCUCAUCUUUGACGCGCUUCGCCGGUGUUGUGCCAUAGAAUGCACCCCUGCCGUAGAAUGCACCCCUGACAGGAGCACAGUUGAAAGUACAGGACAAGGCGAAACAAUCCAAGUUUUCCUUACCGUUGAACGGAAACUAACGCGUGUGCCUUUAACGAUUUCAUUCAGGCUAUUCAGAUAUGCCAGAAAACAAUAGCCCUCUGAUUGGGAAUAUUUACUGUCCCGAAAAUAUAAUGUUCUCUACCUUAACAGCUUACUGUACAGUUUAUAUACCCAAGUCACCUCUAUGUGUGCAUUUUUUAAACACAUAAAAACAAAACAAAAGUUUACUGCUCCAUUAGACAUGUUUUCAUGAUCUAAUACUUGUGUUUUUUUUUAAUAUGAGAUCAUUGUCUUCCACUUUGAGGAGCUAAUGAGUGGAGGGGAGGCAUUCUACAGCAGGGGUGCAUUCUACAGCACAACACCUGUCUUCCGCUAACCAGUCAGGAUCAGAUAAGUGAAACAAUAAAUUACUUCUGUCCUCUGCUAACUUUGAAGCGGUAAACAAAUUGUACUGUGUACGGUGAGUAAACUUAAAUAUCCAACUAACGUUAGCCCUUGUACUUUUUCAUAGACAAACGACCUGACAACAAAAAUUUAUAUUUAUAUACUGGUUGAAAAUAGCCCUGAGAAAUUCAUAGUAAAGUUCUUAAAAAGUUAAUAUGAUUUAAAAAUUCAUGGAGAAGUUCAGAAAUGUCAUCCAAAAAGAAGAGCUCCGGUUAGCGCCCUCAUCCAACCUUUGCUUUUUUUUUUUUUUUUGAUAUCCUGCCUUUUAAAAGAAUCGAAAUAGAGAACCGAUGAGAAUCGGAAUCGAAAUGAGGAAUGGAAAUCGGAAUCGUUCAAAAUCAAACGAUACCCAACCCUAGUGAAGAGGAAAAACUUUCUGUAACAGGCAGAAACCUCGAGCAGAACCAGACUCAUGUAAGACAGUCAUCUGCCGAGACUGCAUUAGGUUUAGAAAGGGGAGAGAAUGGUCAGAGGUGCGAUUGACGCAGGCAGCAACAUGUCUGCAGCAGCAAUCCAUUGGGACCUCAUGAGAGAUGAGUGACUUUAACACUGAGCCACUGCUAUCUGGUCUUUCUGUUCAGUUUAUUCAUGGAUCAUCUGCUCCAUACAGAACUCUGUAGAUACAGAACUCUGUAGAUCCAAAUGAGUCAGAGGAAUACAGAUGUUUUUACAGAGGAAUCAGAUUGUGCUUCUUCUGAUAUUUAGGCGCGUGCAAAUGUAAGGUUCAGAGUCAGUGAUUCAAAAGUUUGUAAGUUUGAGACUGAAUCCAUGUCUGUGGUCUGUUUAUCACCUGUUUUAAAUGAUAGGAUUGGUUCUACAUGGCUUCCUGAAAUGAAAAGACUCUUCUGCCACCCUGGAAUGGAAAAGUAAACCUGCACUGAUGCUUGACUCUUUCAGUGAUAAUUGCCUGUCAUUUAGUGGGAUGUGCUAUCACAGUGUAGCUGCCACCUGAGCAGCAGUGAUGUGCUGAAAGACACUGACAGCUUCCUGCAUCCUCUCUAACUGCAGGUGGUUUAUACACUCUGUCAUCCCCUCUGAGCCCCUGUUCGUAGUGUUUUUAAAACACACACAAUCCUGGUGCUGUGGCCUGAGACAGCCUCCUCCCAAGCAGAUUAAAUUCUAGCUUCCUCUUGAUUCCCCCCGCUAAAAAGGAAAACAUUUUUGAGCUAAUCUCUUUUCUUGACAUGAAUUCAUAAACAGGCAGAACGGCUCACCUUUCUGCGUCUGGGCUGUCAGGGAUUAAUCCUCCUAUUAGCGUGAGAGACGAGGAUACAAGCAGUGCUGCUUGAACAGAACAGAUAACAUCUGGUUGAGACUAAAGCAGUCAGGAGUCAUUUGUAUCAAACAGACUGAAUGUCUCCUUCUGGGAUGAGGCUGCUUUAAGAAUAUUGUUACCAGAUUAGACUUUUACUGUCUAACUCAACAGAAAGGUCACACAGAGGUGAGGAAUCUGCAGCACCUAUUGUGAAAAUCAUUUUGACUCAGACAACAUCACCAAGAUGCCCUGACUUCAGAAUCUCAGCCGACCGAUUCAACAAAGCUAUUCAGACUGGCGUCUCCUGAAAGUAUUCAGAUUUCAUUUGUCGAUGACUCAUUCAGCAAACUCUCCUUUGAAGGUCAGACGUUUGUGAGACCUUUGAAAUGGAUUUGAAAAUCUCCUUUUAAUAAAAAUGUUCAGCUCGAAGAAGAAACUCGCUAUCCCUUAGGCUGAGAGUAAGAGACAUGGUAGUCUGAUUUCUGCCAGGAAACCAUUCUUUAACUUAGCAUUUGGCUACUUCAUUUUGCUAAUAGUAGGUUGGAGAAAAUGACCUCGCCUCGUUCAGACAACAUCUGGAAAUGCCAUUUAACAAAUACCAUCAAUCCAGCAUACCUGUCACACAGCUGUGUGUUUCGAAAGUGGUUAACUAUAAUGCCUGAUCAGGUUUGUGUCACAUCUAUUGUUAAGCCUCAUGUAAAUGUGACAAUCAGAGGUAGACCUAUGAAUUGGCUAGCGGAUUGAAGAGUCAAUGAAAGGAAUGAAAAGAUAACCACUGGAUGUUUGCAUCAGCUGAUACCUGCUCUCACAAGGCAAAUUAAAAAACAAUGUCUGCUGACACUGAACACUGUGCAUGCUGUGAGGAUAUUUGUCCGUGUGAAAGUAGGGUUGGGUGGUAUCCACAUUUUGAUACCGUCAAACUGUCUCCACGUUUUUCCGUCAUAUACAGUAUUACCAUGACUAAUUAAGAAUUAUGACUUAAGGCUCAGACAGCAUUACCAAACCGUUGGCUUGUGCCUACACCAUUCAGAAACUAAAUACUAAACACUCAUAAUGAAACAAUAACAACAUAAGGUGUACAAUAUUAGCAACUUUUAUUAGAAAUAGUUUAAAAAGUGCACAACAGUCAAACAAUUAAAUUAACAUAACCAUCCAGAACAGAUUUCUAUUGUUCUAUAUUUCUAAAAAAAAAAAACACUAUUGUGCUUGCUCUGUCUUACUUCACUCUCUUUCUCCACUCUCUUUUUCUCCCUCACCCCUGUCAAAGUUGCAGUUUUGGUGGCACUGUUCAAGAUUACUGUGAUUUAUACCAUGCAUCAUAUGUUGACAGAAAGCACAGAUACUCAGCUGUCUGUCAGUGUUGGAAUUUUUCAGAUUGAGCAAAGUUUCAAGGAGUUACAUUGCUGAGAAGCUGUGUAGCGCUCUGCAGUUACUUCCUGUGUUUUGCAAUGACAGCCUACUUCAUAUGGUUACGGCUACCGUAGUAAAUCCUAUAUAGGCGCAUGCCCACAAUUUUCCAACACUGUUGAAAUGUUUCUGAUCGGACAAACUUUGACAAAGUUACGGUAACAAAAGUCUGGGCAUACAAAACAUAGCGCCGGGCUAUGACGGUGUUAAAACUGAUACUGUUGCUUUUGAAAGACAUCGCCAGUAUACCUUUAUACCUUGUCACUGACCAACCCUAAGUGAAAGUGAUUGAUAGGUUUGACUGCUGCCCUCUGAUCAGCAUAUGUAUAUUAGCAUAAAAACAAGUGUUUAAUUCUCAGGUCUGUAAUAGAAUACCGACUGCUGGACCUUGACGUCCCUUGGAAAGCACUUUGUUUCUCCUAGAUACCACAGCUGGGUUUAUAGUUUCAUGAACAUAUUAUACAGAAAAGUUUGAUGACUCAACUAGAGUUGGUUUACAGAUUAUUUUCAGCCCUGAGGCAGAGCUAGAGGAUAUCUAUUCCCCCCUUUACUGUGCAUUUCCCAAAAUAUGCAACUAUUACUCAUGUACAUUGAGCUCACUGCUCGUUGUCUGAGACUGUUGCAAGAGGUGGAGAACUGUGAAGUCAACACGAUCUGUACUCGGAUGAACAAAGUUGAAAAAUAAAUGCCGGAGAACACUAUUUAGAGCUGUAAAUGAUUUAUUAGUGGAGCUUUUUUUGGGGGGGGGGGGGUUCAGAGUUUCAGAGUUCUUCCCUCUCCAGCUACAGCAGCACAUAGAAGUCAUCGGCUUAUUUGGAGGAAUCCCAUUUUCCAGAGAGAUUUACAGAGCUAUUUCUGGACUCCAUCAAACUUAGAGGUGUGUGGCAGAAUACUUUCACUCGGCUCUAAGUGUGAUGAGAAAGGAUGUCUUUUCCAUGAUGCUGCUGCUGUGCUGCAGGGGGAUUUCUCAACAGUGUCACUCAGCGGCUUCAUUUUGAAAGCCGGCAUGUCUGAAUGGCCACAAGAGGAUACAGUAUGUGUAUUCGGUGAAGGGUUGUGCUAGAAUUUUAAUCGCUUCGUUUUUAGGGAAGUUGAACUUUUCUAUUCUUAGGAAUUUAAAGUACAUUCACACCAAAUUCAGUUAAAGAGCAGUGACAAAACCAGCGCACAGUCCAGGACCUCGGGAGGAGACAAGGUGAUGGCUGGUUCAAUAUACAAGGCUGUGCUGUAUCGAUGCAGUGCAAUGUGGUGUGAAGCUCUCUACAGCAUAGUUACAACCCUCAGCACUUCAAUCAAUGAGCUUUACAAUUUAGAAUUUCUUUUGGAAUAAUGACAUUUCAUGAUAUAUAUAUAUUUUUUAUCUAAUAAUUUUACCCCAUUCAAAUAUAUUGAAACUGUGCUAAAGGUGUAGUAGAACGUUAUCCUCAUUUGUCUUUGUCACACUAAUAUCUUUGCUUCUCCUCAGUUCAGUCUUUUCUGUUAUUGUGUCUCCUCUUGCUGUACAUGCAUUGUAGUUUCCAGACACAAUCAUGUGUUUUCACAUACAAAGAGUCAUCAUUUGAAACAGCCAAACUGCUGUUCACUCCUGAGAGUGAUUCACAAUGUAGAGCUCGGGCACCUCUAGAUCUUCCUGCUGUUUGUUUAUAGCAAUCAAAGUUAUCUCCCUGGAUUAAAGUAGUGGUGAUUUAUUGACGUCAAAAUCAGAUAUUGAAUUUUUCCUGCUUCGUCUCCCACAGCAGGUCAUUUCAAAGACUCCUGUAACAGUGUGAUUGCUCCUUGAUUGCAACACCCACAUGAUUUUCAACCUUGAAAGUUUGGUUGUACAUUUGACUGAUGCUGGAUGCUUGGAAGAAAAAAAUAUGUUAUUAAUGGGUACAGGAAAGUUAUUUGAGAGGUGUUUUGAAUUCCAUUUUUAUGAAAAUUUGAAUGUUAAAUAAGUGAAGAGCAACAGCCCAUUCACUGCAAAUGAGAAGCUCUUCACAAACAACAAAAAACAGGGACGUACUUAACAUGAAUGAAAUUGUGGACAUCAUAAAAGAAUUAGUAGCUUUCAGACUUAUAUAGCAACCCAAGGAACUGACUGGUUUUCACGAUGAGGCAUUAACUGUGCACACACAAUGACAGCUAAUGUGCACUAUUAGUAUAUUGGCCAUACGAAUGUAUUUUGAUGUGCUAUUUAACUGCAUCACAAGAACCUUCAUCCAGAAGCACAAAGAGUUUAUGAUAAGUGAGAAUGAAAAAAAAAGCACCACACACAACAAACUCUUUUAACCAAUAACUGGACUGCAGACUCUUUAAACCAGAAACAUCUGAACACCUUGCUGUCUUGGUCCUACAUAACUUCAGAGUAAGCAAACAUGGCGGAUUGCAGGAUGGACAUCAAGCUAAACAGAAUUAUUGCUUUGUUAGUUGUGGUAGCAGUUUGUGUCCAGCUCUUCUCCUAAUCAGUUUGAUUGAUCUGUUUUACAGGAAACACUGGGUAAUCUAUCAUGUUUGGGGCUGCACAAUUAAUAGAUUCUAAAUCGUAAUUGGAUUAUUUGAUUAUGGCAAUGUAAAAAAAAAUUAAAAUUGUUGAAUCGCUUUUCCUCUUUAUCAUGUCCCGCGCCUCCAGGCCACUGUAGGCUCCCCAGUUCACACACAUACCAGUGUAAACAAAAUGGCGUUUGCAAAUGAAGACGAUCGUUUUGUGGCUAAAUAGGACAAGUGCAAGUCAGUCAUGUGAAAUUGGUAUGCUUUGCAGUUUCUAAUGAAGAGCAAACCACUCCCCUCUGCAAAAUCUGUCAACCCGUCCAUAUGGGAUUGAGUUCAGGAGUAAACGCAAACGUUUUUUGUCGUAUCAGCAUUCAUUCACGCGGAAACUGCGUUUCUGGUGACUGUAAACGGUACUUUUUGAAAACAGGUCAGAGAGUACAUAGAUCCGUAUAUGACUACCAUUUCAUCUCCUUGUGGAUACCUGUCUGCAUCUUUCGAAAUGAUUAUACAGGGCUCUCAAGUUUUGAACUAAGCUUAGAGUGAGAUUUUUUUUUUUUGUGAUUGAAGAUAAUUAUUAGUAUAAUAAUCUAAUAAAUACAAUGUAGUAUGAGGGCCACAUUAAGAAAAAAAAUAAACUAGUAAAGUUACCUGUUGUGGAGGAGAGUUGUUAAAAUCAGCACUGUGGAGCAUUUAGAUGUAUUGUACUUUAGUAUAGGUUCCACAAACAUGGAGAUACUUAAUCCUUUAAUACAUCAGCAUUACACUGUCAUGAGUAUCAGAACUUUAAAAAGAAUGUAUGAGAAAUGCUGCUUUUGUGGAGGGGAAAAUGGCUGGAAAUGGCUUUUGUUUUGCUGCUGCAGACAUGUUGCUGUACUAAAUUCAUCAAUGCAGCUGUUAAUAGCAAUAGCAUAGGGCUUUAGUUUAUCAUAUGAGUUUAUAUGCCAUGACGUGUUGAGGUCUCUGCAUGUGUAGGUUACUGACUUACCGUAAUCAUCGGGUCUUUCUCGUCCUUAUGAAACCUGCUCUAUUUCGGCGAGUGUCUGUCUUCUUCUGUAGUCAAACCGAGAGAUAUCAAAAUCUACCCGGACACAGCAAUGGUGCUUUUUGAUUGGCUGUUCAGUAGAUAUACUUUAUUUGAUUGGCUUGCGCGUGGCACACAGCUUCUAAACUCUCGGAGGAACUCACUUUAUUCCUACCUGUUCAAUAGUUAAAGAGGUGCAACUUGGUGGACAUCACCAUGUUCAUUUAAAUGCGUGAGAAAUUCAAUGUGUGGGAAUGCGUGUGUCACACGCUGAAUGCGUGAAACUUGAGAGCCCUGGAUUAUAUGACACACAGCGCAACUCCUCUAUAGCGCCUGCGCAUGUCUGGUCAAAACAACCUAUAUAUAAGCAUGCUCCGUACUCUUCUUCUGUCUUUUGUGCAUUUCCCCGGCAGCGUUACAGCGCCACUUACUGGCUUGGCUUAUGUACUACAUCAUUUUCGGUGGUUUUUGAGAGAUAAUAGAAAAACUUAUUUAAGUGAAGUUUGUUAAAGUUGUCUAUAAAUAAAAGAUCAAAAUCAAAAUAGUUUUCAGAGAAAAAAUCAGGAUUUUAUUUUUUGACCAAAAUUGUGCAGCCCUACUCUCAUGUUGUUGCUAAAAUUUCAUUUAUUUCUGACAUCCAUUUAACUUCAUACUACCUGCUGACUAUUUUUUUAGCCCUCAAAGCUCUUACCUGACUGUCCUUGCAGUUCUCCCAAUCAGCAUGUCAAAUCAUAGAUAUGUUUAAUAGUUAUAAUUUAAUAUUGGUCCAGCCAUGAUUGUUGCAGAUUUGGGGAUGGUGGAACAUAACUCAGAUCAGAGGGAAAUCUUUGCAAAAAGCAUCAAAAGCAGUCUUUGUAAGUGGUCAGGCGACACUAUUGCAAAACACUGGGUAUGAUGGAGUAACUAACAGUUAUCAAAUAGUCAGUUCAGAGACUUGGAAAUUGGGUCUUAUCUGAAAAUAGCUCUACUGAAAAACUUCCUUCUCAUGGAAAAUUUAAAGACUUUUUUUACAGGAUUAUUUUUAAUCCAUGGCUGUGAAACAAGCCUAGACCAUCUCCAUUCCAGCUCUAUUCUCAGAAUGUGUGUGUUAAUGUGUGCCUUCACUCAUGAGUGGUACUUGCUGGCAGAUGCCCAGUACUAAGUGCAAAUGUUGAUCAGAGAGUUGGGAUUAAAAAAAAGACUGCAUCCCUUAGACCAAUCCCAUAUUUUUCCGAAGCCAGCACAGAGAUUGAAAGAGGCUCGCUAAUUGAUACAAUUUUUUUCCCUCUUUCCAACUGAAGCCCCUGCUGGAGAGAUGAGAUACUCUGUAUUCUCUUUUUUUCAUCAUUCUUUUCCUCCUCUUCAGCUAUUUGACCCGAUUUAUCAGUGGCAGAUAAAGCCAAACAAAUCAGAGGAGUCGUGACUUCAAACUCGUUGCCCUUUGGCUGGUAUCUAAUGCGUUCCUCCCUCUGACACUCGUUUUCUCUCUCCUCUUCUCUCGGUUCUGCCUGUUCACUCUUCCUCUCCCCCGUCAUGCCUUACGUAUUCUGGGUCCUGAUAAUUAGUCGAUCAUGAUUUGACUGAUGGAUUUUCUCUCUGUGGUUAAUUCUUAAUAAUUAUAAUCUACACCCCCCAUUUCAUAAGAGAGGGGACGCUGUUUUGUUGCAGAAUGAAAUUUAGUCUUACAUGAAAAAUAUAUACUCUCAUUUUUAAUUUACUAACAAAAGAGCUGGAACAGGAACAACAAAACACUGUUAAAGCUGUGUAAUGCUUGAAAAUUCACCCGGAGGAACAACUCACAACUAAAUAAAUACAUUAAUUUGUGACAAGGUAGUCACAUGACUCUGUGGUUUGACAAAUCAAAGACUGACAAUCUUUUUGGAAAUCAUGGUCAUUGCAUCCCCGCUCUAAAGAGGGUAAGGAAGGUCAGCCUGGCUCAUACAGUUCAAUAGCCAGCACCUUCAAUGGUAUGAGGAUACCAUGGUAUUUAUUAAAACGCCAUUAUUGCUGCACAGUCAAAGUUUUCGAGCAACUUAUGCUGCCAUCCAGACUCUGCUUUUGCGUAAUACAGCAAGAGGACACUAAACCACAAUAUAAACGUAUGACAACAGCACGGCUCUGUCGUAGAAGAGUCUGGGUACUAAACUCACCCACCUGCAGUCCUGACUUGUCACCUGUUUGAUAAUGUGGUACAUCAGAAGUGUUAAUAAGCAGAAGGAAAAUAAGCCAGGACUACUUUCUGCGGAUUGAUAUGACAUGAUGCGUGCGCUCUGCUUGGCUCUGGUGUUGCUCUUGUUAUACAGACAUUAAUAACAAUUGUUGUCAAGGGGUUCAGACCAUAGACUGUAUAAAGAAUGGACCCCAUCUGCCUCCUCACUGGGUGAAGCCACCGCAAGAACAGCACCCUCUGGUGACAGGCUGCAGUAUACAGUGCAUCCGGAAAGUAUUAAUACCACUCCACUUUUUCCACAUUUUGUUAUGUUACAGCCUUAUUUCAAAAUGGAUUAAAUUCCCUUAUUCCCUCAAAAAUUCUACACAAAAUACCCCAUAAUGACAAAGCGAAAAACUUGUUUUAGAACAUUUUGCAAAUUUAUUAAAAAUAAGAACACUCAAAUGUUGCAUAUACAUAAGUAUUCACACCCUUUACUCAAUACUUGGUCGAAGCACCUUUGGCAGCGAUUACAGCCUCCAGUCUUCUUGUGUACGAUGCAACAAGCUUGGCACACCUGGAUUUGGGGAGUUUUUCCCCAUUCUUCCUUGCACAUCCUCUCAAGCUCAGUGAGGUUGGAUGGGCAGCGUCGGUGCACAGCUACUUUCAGGUCUUUCCAAAGAUGUUCAAUCGGGUUCAAGUCUGGGCUCUGGCUGGGCCACUCAAGGACAUUCAGAGACUUGUCCUGAAGCCACUCCUUUUUCUUCUUGGCCGUGUGCUUAGGGUCAUUGUCAUGCUGGAAGAUGAAGCGUCACCCCAGUCGAAGGUCUUGAGCGCUCUGGAGCAGGCUUUCAUCAAGGAUUUCGAUGUACUUAACUGCAUUAAUUUUUCCCUUGAUCCUGACAAGUCUCCCAGUUCCUGCUGCUGAAAAACAUCCCCACAGCAUGAUGCUGCCAACACCAUGCUUCACUGUAGGGAUGGUAUUGGCGAGGUGGUGAGCGGUGCCUGGUUUCCUCCAGACAUGACGCUUGGCAUUCAGGCCAAAGAGUUCGAUCCUCAUUUCAUCAGACCAGAGAAUUUUGUUUCUCCUGGUUUGUGAGUCCUUCAGGUGCAUUCUAGCAAAGUCCAAGCGGGCUGUCAUGUGCCUUUUACUGAGGAGUGGCUUCUGUCUGGCCACUCUACCAUAAAUGCCUGACUGGUGGAGUGCUGCAGAGAUGGUGGUCCUUCUGUAGGGUUCUCCCAUCUCCUCAGAGGAACGCUGGAGCUCUGUCAGAGUGACCAUCGGGUUCUUGGUCACCUCCCUGACCAAGGGCCUUCUCCCCCGCUUGCUCAUUUUGGCUGGGCGGCCAGCUCUAGGAAGAGUCCUGGUGGUUCCAAACGUCUUCCAUUUCUUAAUGAUGGAGACCACUGUGCUUUUUGGGAUCUUCAAUGCAGCAGAUAUUUUUCUGUAACCUUCCCCAGAUCUGUGCGCCGAUACAACCCUUUUCAGAGGUCCACAGACAAUUCUUUUGACUUCAUGGCUUGGUUUGUGCUCUGACGUGCUCUGUCAGCUGUGGGAUCUUAUAUAGACAGGUGUGGCUUUCCAAAUCAUGUCCAAUCAGCUGAAUUUGCCACAGGUGGACUGCAAUCAAGUUGGAGGAACAUUUCAAGGCUGAUCAGUGGAAACAGGAUGCACCUGAGCUCAAUUUUGAGUUUUAUAGCAAAGGGUGUGAAUACUUAUGUAUAUGCAACAUUUGAGUGUCUUAUUUUUAAUAAAUUUGUAAAAUGUUCUAAAAACAAGUCUUUCACUUUGUCAUUAUGGGGUAUUUUGUGUAGAAUUUUUGAGGGGAAAAAAGGAAUUUAAUCCAUUUUGGAAUAAGGCUGUAACAUAACAAAAUGUGGAAAGAGGGAAGUGGUAUAAAUACUUUCUGGAUGCACUGUAGGUCAUCAAUCCUGCCUCUUCCAGCAAUCCCUAUGGGGCUGUGGACAAACUUAUGAAAUUAGUUACACAGAAUAAACAUUUUUCUCCCCCCUGGUUGCAAUGUUGACAUGUAGUAACUGCAAGACUGGUUUGUGCUGAAGUCCUCUUUUUUUUCUGUGCAGCUCUAUUUUCAAAAGUUAUUAGGGGGUUCAUGUUUUUUAUGAUUGACACUUGAUAUGGCCUAUGGGCGUACGAAGACUGUGUAGCUCACCUGGCUGGGGGAUACACUGUUUGAGUCGAGCGUCAUCACAGCGACUCUUGGCGACCCCCCAGCCAAAUGUGUACAACGCUAUGGUGCAAGUGGUGGUUCCAGGAAGUGGAGAAAAUCCUGGAAAUACCAAAAGCACUUCGGCUUCAAAUUCGUAUAGUGACGGAAGAUGGAGCCAAGUUGUCCAUUAUAUACAGUCUCUGGUUCAGACUAAUCAGAGUCAAGUAUUGAAUACAGCAGGGUGAUAAGAAAGAGAGUUGUGGAAUAAAUAACUACAUCAGACUAAAACAUUAACAUUAUUAACUGCAUUAUUGCCUUUAUCUGCUAACUCUAUCCACAAAAAGAGAGAAACACUACAAGUACUUACUGCUGUCUUAUUUGAUGUUGAAACGUGGAUCAUUAAAGUCAUAUAAAUAAAAUCAGCAGUCAUAAAUUAGAAGAUGAUUCUGCUGGACAUCGUGUAGAUGCUUUAGUUUUCAAGGAUGCACAGCAAGGUAGACGUUGUUUUUGAGUCAACCAGCUACAUCUGCUCCAAACUGGAAGGUAGUGUAUCCUCCGAGAUGAAACCUCUCAGUGCUGUAUGAACUUAAUAUUUCUGUAAGCACAAGUAGUAAUUGAAUGCAACCUCAAGUACGUUCUCACAAAGUGAAAUGGAAGCUGUGAUGUAGAAAUUUUUCAGGAUUCCGGGGUAGAUGUGAAGGGAGAGUUCAGAGGGUGUAGAUUCUGAGGAGCUUUAGUGCUCAGGAUAAAGACUGAGCUGCUGUAGUCUCGGCAGGAGAUGAAUGUGGUGUGAUUCUGCUGAGUAAUCUCCUAAUCUAACGUCGCACUUUGAAAUACUUUUUCUUCUUCUCCUUUCAAAAGUAGUGCCAGACAGAGCCUUGUUCACAGUUUUGAAACUAGCUCCACUUUUUCUGUGCAAUACCGUUCUACCACGUUUGUUGUCAGUUAACAUGUGGUUAUGAGGGUGGGUUUACUGAUAUUGGAAAGGGACAUAAUCAUCAGACAGACUGUGAUUUCUUUGUCAUGGUAUGUAAACACUGAUGGGUGACUUAAGUACUCAUAACAACUGAAACAAGACUGACAAAUGAUUAUCACCUUACAUCCCUAUAUUGUUUUCCCUGUUAGCACUUCAGGAGUAUCAGGGAGGUUUCCUUUAAUCUCACAUCUGUUCACCCAAUUUUUCACACUAACACACCUUGAAGUACACACAUGCUAUCAAUGUUGUGUGCCCAUGUAAUUGGAUGGGAAGAAUCAUGUUAGGAGCUUUGUGCCCCCAGCCAUAGCCUCCUGCCGGCUCGCUCUGAUUCCCGAGUUUGAGCUUUCUGCGGUCACUUCACUGCCCUGGAGGGGAUAAACACUUGAGCUCAAGCUCUCACAAUCUGUCCACUCCAAAAGGGGCUUUUAAGUGUCAGUGUUUUACCUUUUGACCUGGAGUGGCUCACACUUAGCCCUGCUAACACCAGCACAGGUUUGGUCGUAGGAUCAAGCUCGCCUUCCCUCUCAGUUGCUCUUUUAAGCUGGCAAAACAUAAUUUACUUGACUCCAGCACUGUGACUCCCAUGGGCCUAGAGUCUGAGAAGUUUACAACACAGCUAACCAGCCAUAAAGGGAUUUGGAGGCUUGAGGUUCUCUCAUAUAAACUGUUCAGAGAGGAGGAUGGGGGACGCCUUUUAGCACUCUGGAAAACUAUGAAGCUGCUGGGCUAGAAAUAUAAUUAAAAAAUAAAUAAAAAGAUGAUUGUCUGAAGACCUCCUUUUAGUUAUAGUGCUACAUUUCAAGACCUCAGCAAUUAACUAACUAAACUGCUUGAAUGUGAGUUGAAAUGAAAUACAAUUAUUCCUAAAUUAGUAGGGGUGAGUAAAAAGAAUAGAUACAGCAUAGUAUUGCAAUAUUUUGUCUGGUGAUGUAUCGUAUCGUCUCGCUAACAAAGUAUCGUUUUUUUCAAAUUAGUUGUGAACAUGAAGUAAAAUCUAUAGUUAUGGAAAAAUAAAAUCAACUUGUUGUCCAGUGAGGUUGGCAGAGGUGACACCAUGGAGCAGGAGAAAUUAAGUGCAACAAAUAUAGCACCACCUGGGGGAAAGACAUUAGGAAUGCAAGCAGGGCACAAAUGAGAUGAACCUGAUACAUGAGGUUUGCAAGAUGUGCUACAUGAAAAUAAAAUAAGCGUAUAUAAGACAAACAUAAAGGAAAAAAAUUGCAAUUAAAUUGUAUCAUGGCCCAUGUUAUGAUAAUAUUGUAUUGUGGGGCCAAUGGUGAUUCCGACCCCUAUUAAUUAGUAACUCUUUGUUUGUGGAGCUUAAAUUGUAAAACAUCCAGUCUGUUCCUCGUGUUCAUCUUUGGUCACUCUUCAGGUUAGUACAUUACAGCUGAACUGAAUAGUGGAUGUCAGUGAAUAUUAUUUUUUUUUUGGACAGCUUUGCCUAAGGUUGUCAUGAUGAAAGAAUUUUAACAAUACUGAUACUUUUUUUUCCAAGCCAGGGUGACGAAAAUGCACCAGAUUUUUUUUUUUCUCCUUUUCUUUAAUGCCAUCUUUUCUUUACCUUUUUCUUUAAUACCACCAGUGCUUGCACAGAAAAGGUCACUAAGCUUGCCCCACAGUUUGACAUGCUGGUAAUAGUAAUAAGGAGGUGUAAGAAAUAAAAGGUAUAACAGGAUUUUACUCAAACUAGUGACUUGGAAUAUUCCCCUCUGAAUUAUCACUCAUAAUCCAGACCAAGUGUGCGGAGAUGAUCCUGUAGAGAGCAGAGCAGCAGGCUGGAUUAAAGCGCAGCUUCAGCUACCAACAAACAAAAUCCAGAUCCCUUCUGCACAUCGAUGAGGAGGCUUGGACAUAUCUAUUAGUUCUUCAGAGCAUGACCGCAAUGAAGAAAUCACUAAAGACAUCUCUGUUUUCUGCUCGGUUGUCAUUAAUGGCGCGGGGUGCGUAGUUCAAGAUAAUAAGGCUUUUUGGUCCAUUCUUCUGACAAAGUCAAGUGUCUGUCUUCCUCUGAUGGUUAUAAGGAUUAUCUUGGCCGAUCUUCUUGUAGUCAGAGGUAUGUGACUCUGACUACAAGAUGGCUGCUAAUUUUAUUUAUAUGACUUUAAUGAUCCGAGUUUCAACAUCAAGUAAGACUCUGAUUAUGUCUGAACCAGAGACUGUAUAUAUUAUGGACAACUUGGCUCCAUCUUCCGUCACUAUACAAUACACUGGGAAGACAACUGGAGUCAUACUAGUUCAAAUGUUUGGUGUAGGGCUGGGGCGAUUCGUCGACAAAUUCGACGUAAUCGACUACAGAAAUUAGUCAACGCUUGAGUUGCAUGAUGACGUUAUAAUGGCUACUUCAGGUAAUGGUGGAAAGCAUAGACGACAAACAAGCUCCACCUAAUGGGGGGAUUAAAACCUACUUUAGCAUGAUCUAUGAGCAGCUCCUCUAAAUCAAUGCAUGUAUUCUUCCUGGCUUCCUUGUUCACAUUUCCAAGAUCGCGCUGCUUUCAAGGAGACAUGCAGUGACCUGUCAAUCAAAUCAUCCACCGCUGUUGCAGCAAAUGCCAUAGUGGAUGCUGCAUCAUACGCCCUGCAUCCCAUAUCUAAUUCAUUCACUUUAAGCAGUUAGCUCAGAGUUGAAGCAUCAGUUUUGUGCUUUUAUUUGUCCUAUAACUCGCUAAUUGAUUAGCUGUGUGAACGCCAACGAUAGCUUGCUAAUGCUAAUACUCGGCGCACAUGAGCUCCGCUGCACAUAUGUAUACUGAUACCAUAAUUGCCAACACUCCCGUUUUUCCCCGGGACUCUCCUGUAUUUCAGACCUAUCUCCCACCUGCAUACAUUUUUUUGCAGGAUGGUAGGGGGAAGGUCGCGCCCUCCUUCGCCCCUGAUUGGCUAGAAGUGCUGGGCUCUGAUUGGUUAUUCUUAAUGUCUGUGAAACGUCAUCGUCUGUCUGGUUGGGGUUAGGUUUAGGAUUAGGAUGAGGGUUAGGGUUAGAAGAUUCAGAAGAGCGAUAAUGUUCUGUAAUGUUCUGUUGGAUGCACAGAGCUGACAGCCCGCAUUUGGCUUGAGCGUGUGAUGAUCUUUCAAGCUUUUCUAGCCAAUCAGAGGCAAAGGAGGCAGGACUUUCCCCUACCAUCCUACAAAAAAAAAGUACUGCCUCCUACCCACCUCCCGUAUUGUUAUUUCUCCCGGAGAUCUCCCGUAGUUUGAUGGUCCACGUUCAUUCAUGAAUCAGAUCACUAUAUUUGUCCAAAGUUUCCAGGUUUGCAGACAACCGAAGAUUGUCCUGUGUUUCUGCUGAGCCUCACAGACACUGGAUUGAUGCUUUUACUUUACAAUUUGGGAUGAUUUAGGCCGGUUUAAGCUGUAAACUAUAUGUAAGCAGUGUUUGUUGCAAAAUCAACACUUGAAUAAAAGGGAAACAAAUGUGAGAUAUAAUAUUUACGUUGAUAGUCUUGCACCGUCUCUGAGUGAUGCGUUCAGGGCAGCCACAGAUAAAACAGUGCUGUAUUGCACACACAAAUGUCCAGAGAGCCUCAUACGGAAGAGCAUAUAAAACAUACGAGGACUUCCACAACAAUAUUAGUGGACUAAAUAAGUUCAAGGUAUAUUGUAGCUAUUAUUUUUUUAUUACCAUUUGUUAAUGUUAAAACAAAACAAAAAAGUGUGCAGCUUCACUUAUACUUAUUUGGAUGAGCAAUCUAAUUACAUAUACUCUCAUAAUUAGCUCAUAUCCACAGUACAAGGUAAUCCCAAAACUGCCCUGCGCGCACCGCAAAAAUCUCCCCGAUUUUAUAACCAAAUGUGUUUUUUUUGUUUGUUUGUUUGUUUUUAUUUGAUUUCAAGAGAUUCUUAAAUAAAUCGUUGAAUUGAAUACUAAUAGGAAAAGUUUUAAUUGUUAUUUUGGUUAAGUUCAUUGGUAUUACUCUGUGAUAAAAAAAAAAAUCAUUAGAAAAAUCGAUUAAAUUAGUCGAUAGAUUAGUGGACUAAUCGAAAAAAUAAUCGUUAGAUUAAUUGAUAAAAAAUCAAUUGUUAGGUGCAGACCUAGUUUGGUGUUUAUGAUCAGAGAGUGGAGGGUACAGACAGCCAGUCAGGAGGAAAAAUAACUGAAGAAGGAAGGAGCUGUAGUGACAGCGUUAGAUGGACAUCAGAAAGGGAGAACCAAUAUGGUGAUUUGUGGCAACAACACUAUGGGUCAAGUAAACACACCACAGUGGAAAAUGACAAGGACAGUAGUUUGACAGAAAUUGCUACCACAGUAGAUAUACCAGGUAAAUAUGCAGCUAGCACCAUUUAUCUUGACAGCCACCCCAUUCCUCUGUCGUCUUUGUUUUCCCUGAAGUGACAGUUCACCACCGGUAAUCUUACGAGGCUUCAGUUUUGAGAGCAAAGACUCUGGUUGUUGGUGAGUGAAUCUAUUAUGUCUGCAUCCUGGUCAGAGCUGCCAGCAUUUUCAUCAGAAAACACUGUCUCCUCUUUGUGUUAGAGCACAUGUCUGAAUCAAAGUGCAUUGAGGCAGAUCAAUGCCUCCUGAAAGCCAGAGCUCUUUUUUUCCCCUCCACAAAUAACAGUGCUGCUGAGAUUUGCUUCUCCAUUAAAACAGCUCCACCUAAAGUGUAUUGUGACUGAUGACUCACUGAUGCCUUUAGUCCAAAAUGAUGGAAAGCUUCAAGCUAUGACUGUAACCUGUAGUCAAAGUAGAAACUGCCCCUGACAAUCACAGCUCAAUACAAGCUUAACUAAAUCUCUAGUCAUUUGAUGGAUAAAAACAUUUUGCUUGUGACAAACUCUUUAAUGGGAAAGUCCUUUAUUGCUCCAUUCUGAAUCUAGACACUUCAUGAAAUGGCAUGUCCUCUAGCCGUCACUUGUAGCUAGGGCUGGGCGAUAAACCGAAGAUUUAUCGAUACUGAAAUUUACGACAAUAACCAGUGUCAUUUUGCCCAUAUAGGUAUAUUCGGUGUCACAAAAAUAAAUAAAUCAAAGUUGGUUUCAGAUGUGUAUAGGUAGGCUAUGGUCUCAUGUCCCUUUAAGACGCUGUCCUACGUCAGAGACAUGACUCAACCCCAUCCAGUCCGUAACAAAGAGGGGAGGACAGGUUAGGAGAUGGUUCAAACGUUGUAGCGGCUGGAGCGGCAGUUGAAGUAGAUUAAGUUAAUGUGGGAGGGGGUGAGCAGCUUGUGGAGUAGUUAUCGUCUGUUUAUUGUUAUCGAGGUGAACUGCUAAAUAUAUUGUGAUAUUGAUUUGAGGCCAUAUUGCCCAGCCCCACUUGUCGCAACACACUACAAACAGGGAAGCAAGAGAGAAAAAAGAAAUUCAGAUCAUAGAGAUGCAGUCAGAAACUGUACCAAGUUCUAAACACAUCACAGGCUGGUUUCAGGGGAAGAGAGGGACAUGGCAAGUUCACAAACAGGAAAUAUGGGAAUGUGUGAGAAGACAAGAGUAAGCAAGGUGGGGAAAGCAUAGAGAAAGUGUUUGAAACUGUAAAUAAGUCAGUGUACAGUGGCUAAUCUAUGACAGAUAUACCCCACUUCCUUCCACAGCACCGAAGAAAACACUGAAAUCCCUCCAUCGGUCAUGGUGACAAUGCUUUGUACUUAUAAUGUAGAUUGUGUUGUUGUUUAUAGAAGCUGAAAUGGAGGCUUUGCUGAGGACACACUGUACAUCUGAGAUUGUCAUAAGUUAGUUGUCCGGUGGUCUCAGAGGUGGCUGACUAAUCUCACACUUCCUCUGUCAGUAUUACUGCUGAGCACACUCAUACAUAAAUGCAGUGACUCUCAAAACAAACUAAGACAGGCAUUUUCCAGACUCACUUACUGGCGUACCUGCUGUUUGCUCUUCAUGUGAAUUCACUUGAUUCAAAGCUUGUCCAUGUGACUGGAUAUGACAUGCAUUUAAAUGUGUGUUUGUUUUUGUGUGAAUUUGUGUGUAUGAACACUUCUUCAAACCUUUUUGCUCAUCAAAGCAGAUCUGAAGGCGUAAAUGCAUUUCCACACAUACCAAUCCAUUGCUGUGAUUUUAAAUUUUGCUGAGCAUGGAAUUGUCCUGUCUCCUCCUCACCCCUAAACCCCAUCCAGGCUUAGUCCAGAAGGUGGACCAGCGCCUUCCAGUGGCCAAUGAGUAUCUGCUGCUGUCAGGUGGGGCUCGAGAGGGAGUCCUAGACCUGAACCCAGAGGACUUAGGGGACUAUGCCAGAGGAGCCGACUUUGACUUGGACUUCACCCUGCUGGUGCCCGCCCUCAAGCUCCAUGACCGCAACCAGCCCGUAACCCUAGACAUGCGACACUCUCCGCCCUGCCACUCCUGGCUCAGCCUCCGUCUCUGCGACUCCAGCAUCAUGUCUCGCUGGAGCAUCUGCUGCCAGGAGGAGAAUGGGCUUCACAAUGAGGAAGAUGAAGAGGAGGAGGGGGGAAUGGGUGAGUGGUAAAAACAGAAUAAUAACAUGAAAGGAGAAACUAGUGACAAGAAAGAAUAAAAGGAGGAGCAAUAAGGUGAAAAGAUAAAGUUAGAACAAGAAGACUGGCAGAAGAAAACAGAUAAGUAAAAAAGGAGGAUAAAAAAACAGGAUUUAUCUGAAUCACUUUAAUUUUCAACAACUUAAAUUAAAAAUUUGGGUUCUUGUGCCGCUGUUUUUGUAGUAAUGGUGGUCUUAUAUCUAGGAUUAUUGAUAUUAUUAAUAUUUAGGCAUUUAUACAGCCAAUAAAAUCAUUGGCAAACCAUAAAUGUCACUUAAUGACCUUGAUGCACUGGAUACUAAAAAGAAAGGUGAGAUUACAGGUGACUUUUCCACUGUAGUCUCACUUUGAAUUACUUCUGUCAAUAAGACGCUUCAGUCUGUCACGCCACCAAAAAUGUUAAUGAAAUCCUUUCAUCCUGUGGGCGGUAACAUGAUUAUGUAAUUAAAUGUUGAAGUUCAAGUUAACUUUUCACUCCUGGCUGUUGAUGAAAUAAGUUUUUUUCUUAAUUUUAAUUUUCUUAUUUUUGGUCCAGUCAGGACUUGAAAUGUUGUACUCUGUGUUUGUGGAUCAGGUGGAGUAGAGUGACUCUGGGCCCUCUUUAAGUGUCCACUUUUGUAUGUUUUUCUGAUUUAUGAGUCAUUUUGUUAUUUUGCUGUUAAGCUGAAGACAGUUUUUCACAUGGUGGACAUAUAAAGUUAAUUCAUUCAUUAGUUGUAAGUAUAGGUACAUCUCCACGAGUUGAACUAACUAGCUAAAAAGAACUAACCACUAAAAAGUUGAAUUGAAAAAAGGGUAAACUUUUAUAUAUUCUAUACUCAUUAAAUAAAUAGAAAGAAAUAUGUUAGGCCUGUUUCGUAUAGAUUUUGAUAAUUGCAUCAAAGUUAGAAAUACAGUAUCUUGAUGUGUUAGGAUAUUUCCUCAAUGAAUCCUUUAUUAAUACAGAGAUGUCUAACUUUUGGAAAAUAUACUAGUCCAUACAUUCAGUACUUGUUUUGGGGUCCUUCAUUGGAGGGUCUGAAAGCGACCAGCCAGACCAGUGCUGCUGAGGUGUUAUUGAAGCCCAUGUUGCUUUAAUGCAGCCUUCAGCUUGUCUGUAUUUUUUGGUCUGGUGUUUCUUACCUUCUGCAUGUUAAUACUUUAUAGGCUCUUAUGGGAUUCAGGUCAGGUUACUUGGCUAACCAGUCAAGCGGAGAAAUGUCAUGACCAAAAAAUCAUGUCAUAAAAAUGUAGGUGUUGUGGGUGAGUGUUAAUUCCUGCUGAAGAAGUACAUCAGCAUCUCCGUAAAGUUCUCCAAAAUCUCUUGGUAGACAGCUGUGUUGUGUUUGGACUUGGUAAAACACAGUGCACCUACACCAGCAGAUGGCAUCACACCUGAAAUCUUUGUAUACUCCAAAUCUUCACACUGGUCAACAAACUCCUUAGACUCUGUGCCUGAACACACCAACUUCAGACUCUGGGACCUUGACUUUCAGAUGAAAUGAAAGAUUUGAAUCCUCUCUAGUCCGCAGUCAUCUUGGUUACUUUUUGCCUCUCAACACUCUUUACCUUCCAGGACACUCACCAUUAACAUGCUUUGAUACUGCAGUCCUUAUCAGCAAUAACCUUCUGUGUGGCUUACCCUUGCUGUGAAGGUUAUUGAUGAUUGUCAGCUGAACAGCUCUCUAGAUAGCAGUCUGACUCAAAUAUUCCAGGAAAGAGGAAUAUCACUGUGUUAUAAAGGAUAUUAUAUAGGAUAGAGAGGUUAUGCAUGCUGGUUGAAAACAGGCAAGAGUUUGAACAAGGUCUGCAACAUGAAGUUAUCUUUUUUUUUUUUUUUUGUCAAACUGUUGGGAAAAAAAAAAAAAGAUAAUACCCAGUACAGAUUGUUGAUUCACUGCAUUCAGUGGUUUCACACCAGACCAUCGUUACAUAUGAACAGAUGCCAUCAGCUUCAAAGAUACCCCCUAGUUCAUAGAACUAUCAUGGGCAGAUGAACAGAUAACCUUAAAACUUAAUGUCCUUGGCAAGGACUGUUGCCAAACCAGCAGAAAAAUGGCAGAAAUACAUCCAAAAAACAGAGAGAAAUCUGUGUAACAAGUUAAAUUUCAAGUAUGUGGUCCAACUGUGGUGAGCUCUGCUUGAAUUCUCAAAACUUAAGGCUAUAAACAAACCAAAGUUUGAUUUCAGUACCAGCAGUUUGUAUAAAAAGGACUGUUAUCGUUUUGUUUAUCAGGUCUACAUUCAUACCAGUUCUUCCGCCCUUCUUAGGUAAAGGCUCCAUCCCCUCCCUGGGCUCUCCUCAGUCUCUAGAUGGCUGCUACUUCUCUCCCACCUUGGUAACAGACUGGUUCUGGGGGGUUGUAAGUGAAGCUGUGGAGGAGCUGAGGCGCAGCCCACAAAGAGGCAUCCCAAUCCCAGACCGACUGGAGAGGAAUGGACCCCUUACCACUAUCAUCCUCCAGGUACAGAUGACAACAGUUAGCAAGACACUUAAACACUGAGAAGACAGAGGCAGUCGGCCUCUUUAUAUCUGAGUGCGUAAUGAAUAUUUAAAAUCACCCCUGGGGUGUUUUCUUUAAACAAAAAAGUUCAUACUGAGUGCUUAUUACCCAAGUUCACUGUGUUCAUCCUAAAGCAGAGACACAUUUUAAAUUGAUUAAAUUCUGCUGUCUUUUUUUUCUAUAAAGCUUUUUAACUCCACAGGAGAACAAGAACUCUGCAAAAUACCUGCAACUUUUGAUCUUCAAAUGAGCUCCAGUGAGGGGUAUUUAGUUAGCUAUGAAAAAAAUACAUGUCCUACUAAAGCAAACAAGACCAUCGGUGACAAGACUUUUUCUAUUAAGUUAUUGUUUAAAUGGAUAUAUUUGGUGUAGAUUUAAGUUAUGGUCAAUCACACCGUAACACAGAGUUAGACACCCCCUUGAGAGAUGAAUGUUGCCGACUAAUUGCUUCUCUAGUUAUACCAACUUCAGCAACGACCGCACGAUAGCAAUACACAGCAGUCUAUGUCUGUACCCACCAACCUCACUGAGUGCAGCGGAAAAUGUAUGAUUAUUACUUCAUGAAAAUGCAAUCAGACUGAGACGCUAAAGCAGAGCUACUGUGUCUGCAGUGCACAUACAAGAUACACAAGAACUCUGAUUGCAUUAUACCAUAACCAUAACAUAACUACGCCAGAAUAUCCCUUUAAUGCCUGUGUCUGCUGCCACCCGGACAGAAUCAGACAAGGUGAUUAACGGCAUCCAGUUGUGGCUGCCUUUGUUUACAUUUACAGCAGCAAAGAUCCACAGUGACUGAUGUGCGAAGCUGGAAUAAUAGGCCAGGAUAAGGGAUUUUAGUUUAAAAAUACUACCUACCUACGCUAGCAAAAAGAUAAAAGGUCCUGGUUUGAAGGGUUGUCAAGAUCAAAACCGUCGUUCUUCCCCCUGGCUUUGAAGAGAACUUUGUUUGUGAAGUCAAAUCAGCAUUGGAGGUGACUGAAGUUAGGUGUUUAAAAAAAUCAGGCCCCUGGGAAAAAAAAUGAUGGUAAGAGGAAUUGAAAUUCAGGACAGGGUUUGUACUGCCCUAAUGUUCUCCCAUCCCUCUCUCUGCAGGCGGGCUCCAGCCGCGUACUGUACGAUCUGCUGCCUGUGGUGUCAUUCCGGGGCUGGCCUGCCGUAGCCCAAGGCUGGCUGACAGCCAACCACUUCUGGGAUGGUAAAAUCACAGAGGAGGAGGCCAUAUCUGGUUUCUAUCUGCUGCCCUGCUGCUCCCCUCUGGGUGGUCGACCUGACAGGGAGUGGAGGCUGGCUUUCUCACGCAGUGAGGUGAGGGGAUUGUAAAUGUGAUUCAUGUUCAGCGCCAUGUCCAAUGUCAGCCUGUGUUUUGUCAAAAUGAUCAAUACAGCAUUUCAAUCUCGUACUUAUUUUUGUUUUCCAAUAUUGGAUUUCGGUCAGGACCAGGUAAGUGAAAGAGAGUUAUUAUUUGUAUGCAAUAAGUUCCAUGUGGCAGUUUGGCUCUGUUCUUAGAACUCCACCGGCAUGUGGAAUGGCAUCACCUGAGGCAGGGGCAACACAUGUCCCCUGUCCUUCAGUUGCAAUCAUGACAAGCCAAGGCAGAGAGAGCAGCUGCAGAUAUAUCUGGAGUAGAACACAGAGCUAUCAUCAUUGUCAAAAUCAGACAUACAUAAUAAUCAUAUUAAAACCACUCCAUUGCUCCUGUUUGUUGUUUUUUUUCUCUUUUAUUCUAGGUUCAGUUGAAGAAGUGUAUCCCUUUCCCCAUGGCCCAGGCUUUCCAGGCAGCCAAAGCAGUGUUGUCUCGUAUCCUGGCCCGCCCACGCACAGGCCUAAGCCUCUAUCAUCUGCGUACUCUUCUGUUCUGGGCCUGCGAUCGACUCCCUGCUGCCUACUUGUCUUGUCCUGACCCUGACACACCUGGACGCCUCCUCCUGGGUCUCCUUGAUGACCUGGCUCAUUGCAUCCUGGGCAAAAACUGUCCAAACUACUUCCUUCCCCAGUGCAACAUGCUGGAGCAUCUGACAGACAGCCAGGCGCUACUUGUCGCCAGGAAACUUGCCCAUGUACGCUCAGAUCCCAGCGAGCACUUGAGGGCAGCUCUGGACCAGGCACAGCAGGCCGGUCAGCUGAAGAAGGAGCUAACAGCUAGCACCAACGGCCAUGGAUCUCCAGGGCACCACCCAGCUAACGGCAUCAUUUCGCCUUCGGAGGACAAACUGGCACAGCGGCUGCAGCAGCUGGUCACUGAGAACCCCGGGAAAUCCAUAUCUGUCUUCCUCAAUCCAGAUGAUGUCACCAGGCCGCACUUCCGGAUUGACGACAAGUUUUACUGAUGAAGAUGUGCUGUUGAAAAAACGUGGAGAUGGAUGUGUGUUAAGCCCUUAAACACACCUUGAAUUGCUCUGAGACAUCAGUCCAGAGAUUAAAAAUGAGGCAGGAGAUGAUCUUCUAAACUCCUUCACUCUCCUUCAUCUGUUUUUCACCCUAAGGCUGAGCAGAGCAACAGAGCCUUGCUGCUUGACUAACUAUUUACACCAAAAACACUCAAUGUCCUUCUACUGACAAAAGACGUCCAAAUGCGAGGACGUAGCACAACAGACAGUGAUGUCACUCAGCUGUUGCCAUGGAGAUGGCCCUCUCCUAACGAGCUGGCCUUAACGAGACUUAACAGCUGGUGCUACAAAAAUGAGGGCCAGCUUUAGUCAUGUGGAAGAAGUCCAGUGGAGAUAGAGAGAGUGUGUGUGUGUGUGUGUGUGUGUGUGUGUGUGUGUGUGUGUGUGCCUAAGGGUUUUCACAAUACUAAACACUUCUAAAGAGAGUCGGAGAAACACUCCUUGAUUGCUGCAUUUCUCCCCUUUUUAUUUCAGAUCAGAGUGGGCGAUGGUGGAAUCAGAAAGGAAAAACAAGGUGUGGCUGAUGUAACUGAAUGUAAUGUUGUGAGGAGAACUGCCGAGUCUUUGAACAAAAAGAGUCUCUUUUCUCUGUCAACUACAUUUUUAACCCACUUCAUUUCACCCCCACGCCUUGAUUUAUGGCAUGAUUUCUUAAAAAAAAAAAAAAAAUCCUCAGGUAUUCAUGUUUUUUAUUUUCGUUUUCAUCACUGUAAUUUCAAUGCCGCUUACUUUACAUUGGGUAAUGGAAUGUACCAAAGAGGUUUUAAAAAGAGAACAGAACAAGUCCCACAUAUCCCUUAACAUCAAAUGUAUCUACCGACUCAUGGUCACAAUGUUAAUUAACCUUUUCUCCUUCAAGAGGCCUGGUCGCACCCACAUUUAAAGCACCAGAAUUUCUCAACAGAGUCACUUAAUUCCCACGGAUUCAUCAUCAUAAGUCGAUUUUCUCAUUCAGCACUGAUGCUUGAAGAAACAGAGAUUUUUACAGCCAAAAAACAGGAGACGCUAUUAGCUUAUUGGCUGCCUGUUUUUUUUCACCUUCUUUGAGUUUAAACAGCUUUCAGAAAGGUGGUUUGCAGAAAGUUAUGAAACCAGACUUAAUGGUACAAUUACAGCUCUCAGAAAUAGAGCAUGAACUUAUUAACUCAUCCCCUUAGUGGCUUGGCUAAUGAGUUUUUUUUGGUGCUUAAGCAAGAAGUUUCAGACUUGCACUGAGCCCUCUCUGUGUUUAAGAACUCUUCAUUAAAUGGGAUGAUCUUUAGGUCAAAGUGUUAGGGUUGCGGAAACAGUUUGUUGUGCAAAAUCGACUCCUCGAAUCCUGAAAUUCCGCAGCUUUUUUGCUUGUAUGUCAAUGGCAUGUCUAUUGCAGGAUUUUGCACUUGCAGAGAAAAAGAACAGCCUUAUUAAAAGCUGAAAAGUCUCUUCUUUGCUAUUCAAAUCAAAUCUGCCCCUUCACAGAAUGUUAUGAAUGAAUAAUUUACAUGCACAGUGUUUGAGAUUUAGCUGCCCAAAGUGCUGCUUUUGUGUAAAGGAACAACAAAAACAACAAUCGUUGUUCUGGUGUCUGUUGCAUACAUAUCCAUGUGGACCCAGCUCCCUAUAGAGGCUCAGGAGAGAGGUGGUGUGCAAUUGUUCAAACUGGCUUUGGCAGCAUAAACAGUGCAUCCGGAAAGUAUUAAUACCACUCCACUUUUUCCACAUUUCGUUAUGUUACAGCCUUGUUCCAAAAUGGAUCAAAGUCCCUUAUUCCCUCAAAAAUUCUACACAAAAUACCCCAUAAUGACAAAGCGAAAAACUUUUUUUUAGAACAUUCUGCAAAUUUAUUAAAAAUAAGAACACUCAAAUGUUGCAUAUACAUAAGUAUUCACACCCUUUACUCAAUACUUGGUCGAAGCACCUUUGGCAGGGAUUACAGCCUCCAGUCUUCUUGUGUACGAUGCAACAAGCUUGGCACACCUGAAUUUGGGGAGUUUUUCCCAUUCUUCCUUGCACAUCCUCUCAAGCUCAGUGAGGUUGGAUGGGCAGCGUCGGUGCACAGCUACUUUCAGGUCUUACCAAAAAUGUUCAGUCAGGUUCAAGUCUGGGCUCUGGCUGGGCCAUUCAAGGACAUUCAGAGACUUGUCCUGAAGCCACUCCUUUUUCUUCUUGGCCGUGUGCUUAGGGUCAUUGUCAUGCUGGAAGAUGAAGCGUCGCCCCAGUCUGGAUUGCUCUGGAGCAGGCUUUCAUCAAGGAUUUCGAUGUACUUAGCUGCAUUCAUUUUUCCCUCGAUCCUGACAAGUCUCCCAGUUCCUGCUGCUGAAAAACAUCCCGACAGCAUGAUGCUGCCACCACCAUGCUUCACUGUAGGGAUGGUAUUGGCGAGGUAGUGAGCGGUGCCUGGUUUCCUCCAGACACGACGCUUGGCAUUCAGGCCAAAGAGUUCGAUCUUCGUUUCAUCAGACCAGAGAAUUUUGUUUCUCCUGGUCUAUGAGUCCUUCAGGUGCCUUCUAGCAAAGUCCAAGUGGGCUGUCAUAUGCUUUUUAUUGAGGAGUGGCUUCUGUCUGGCCACUCUACCAUAAAUGCCUGACUGGUGGAGUGCUGCAGAGAUGGUGGUCCUUCUGUAGGGUUCUCCCAUCUCCUCAGAGGAACGCUGGAGCUCUGUCAGAGUGACCAUCGGGUUCUUGGUCACCUCCCUGACCAAGGGCCUUCUCCCCCGCUUGCUCAUUUUGGCUGGGCGGCCAGCUCUAGGAAGAGUCCUGGUGGUUCCAAACGUCUUCCAUUUCUUAAUGAUGGAGACCACUGUGCUUUUUGGGAUCUUCAAUGCAGCAGAUAUUUUUCUGUAACCUUCCCCAGAUCUGUGCGCCGAUACAACCUUGUUUCGGAGGUCUACAGACAAUUCUUUCGACUUCAUGGCUUGGUUUGCGCUCUGACAUGUUCUGUCAGCUGUGGGAUCUUAUAUAGACAGGUGUGGCUUUCCAAAUCAUGUCCAAUCAGCUGAAUUUGCCACAGGUGGACUGCAAUCAAGUUUGAGGAACAUUUCAAGGUUGAUCGGUGGAAACAGGAUGCACCUGAGCUCAAUUUUGAGUUUUAUAGCAAAGGGUGUGAAUUCUUAUGUAUAUGCAACAUUUGAGUGUCUUAUUUUAAAUAAAUUUGCAAAAUGUUCUAAAAACAAGUCUUUCGCUUUGUCAUUAUGGGGUAUUUUGUGUAGAAUUGUUGAGGGAAAAAAGGAAUUUAAUCCAUUUUGGAAUAAGGCUGUAACAUAACAAAAUGUGGAAAAAGUGAAGUGGUAUAAAUACUUUACGGAUUCUUUUUACUGGAGAAAUGUGAAGUAUUAUAGAUAUCAUCCUGAUGUAGUUUGGUCAUUUAUAUUUAUGAUAUUUGAUGUCAUGCACAUUUAUGAUAUUUCGGCUCCAACACUUGUGGACUAAUAAAUCAAUCAAUCUUAAGACGUCACUUUACAAUAAAGAUUUUUAAAGUCUUAUAUUUAUCCAACAGUGACCAAUCACAGUUAAAAGAUGACAAAGUCAACUUCAAGGCUGUCAUUAAGCUUCUAUAACCAAAAAUGUCACCUGUCAGUUGGAUGAGCUUUUUCAGCUUUUUCAUGUGACCAGGCCUCUGAAAACAGGACUGAAAAAGAUGAUUAGUCAGUUAUUAAGCUAGUUGAUUGUUUCAUUGUUUUCUACUAAAAACUGUUUUUUUUCUGUCUUAAUGCUGAGAACUACGUGGAACUCGUUCAAGUUUUUUAGAUUUAGUUUUUGUAUCUAACCUGACAUUUUGGUGUGUUUGCAGUCUGGUGGGGGGAUCUCUAAAUGGGGCUUUAGAAAUAUGAGCUUUUUUGCAGAGGAUUGGAAAUCAAAUGAUCAAAAAUGUUAUUGAUCAAGUUAACAAAAGGUGUGAUUGAACAAAAGGAGGAGCUGUAAAGUUAAGGCUGGUUUGCCAGAAUAGUUUAGAGAAAAUCAUGAUACCCCACUGUUUGCUCAGUACAUCAUGUUUUUUCAUCAUGUAAGCAUGUCAGUCCUCUUUUCAGUUCAAGAAAGUCACAGUUUCUUGUGUUCCCUUUUGGUUCUUUUUGGAAACUGGUUCUAACUUGACUGAUUCUGGUAAUUGUCCCCUGUCUCCUCUGCUCGACUGGUCCUUUUUAAUGAGCUUUGUGUCCGUGUGUGUGUGUGUGUGUGUGUGUGUGUGUGUGUGUGUGUGUGUGUGUGUGUGUGUUUUCAACAAGAGACGAAACCACACAGCAGGACACGGACAGACACCCAGUUGCUAGCCAGUGAAUUAUACCCUCAGUGGGUGUGUGUUAGUCGCUGGGUCCUAUCAUUUCUUUCCAGACGGGAGUCGUCCCUGGGGAGGAGGGAUGGAUGGAUGGAUGGAGGGAGGCAGGCCCUCCUCUGGUCCUUUGAAGAGGGAAGAUGGGCCUUGCGGGGCCUGGAUGACUGCCUCUCUCUGGGACUGUCGCUGUUUUUCUCUGCUUUUUAUUUGCUGCUUUCUGUCUCUCUAACUCGCUUUAUUUUUCUCUCCUUUAUGACUCUGAUUCUUUCCGCCCUCCUCCCAUCACGACUCUGGCUCAGCUUUAUGUCUUUGAAAACUCAAGGUCUGGUGCAAUAGAAAGCUCCUGAACUUGGUACCGGUCCAGUCGUAUGACUAAGAGCAGACUAGCAUUAGUGGUCUUUUGUGGUCUUGCAUUAAUAUCACGAGGAGGGUCUGUCUUGUUUACCUAUAUGCAUUUGAGGUGUUUAGUUGGCUACGCAGGUGCAACUCAAAAAAUUGUGAUAUGGAAAAGUAAUCUUUUUAACUAGUUUGAUUGAAUAGGGUAAACUGUGUCACUCCAUUUCAUGCAAAGUCAAAAUUCUGGGGCUUUUUAUUCUUUUUUUGAUGAUAGUGGAUUACAGCUCAUGAAAAUCAAAAAUCAUGGUUUAAAAGUUGGAAGAAAAUUUCUCUAGAUCAGUCAGAGAAAAUAUUUACAAUAUAGAAAUGUCAAACUACUGAAAAAUUUGUGCAUUGAUGUACUUAAUAUUUAGCUGAGACUCCUUACUAUGAAUGAACUGCAUGAAUACGUUUUGGAUGGUCCGUGGACAUUCUGGUGUUUUAUUGAAGCCCAGGUAGCUUUCUUCAGCUCAGCACAGGUACUUUUGGGUCGUAUGUUUGUCACUGUCCUUAUGAUGUUACUCAUUUAUGAUUAUGGGGUUCAGGUACAGAUAGCCAGUCAUGCAUAGGGAUAUGGUAAGAGAGCCAUUUGCUGGAAAUUUUGGCACUGUGGGCAGGUGCUCAAGAGAAAAUAAGCAUCUUUAUAAACUGAAGAUCCCAUCAGUUUGUGAGCUGAUGGAAGGUUGAAGUGCUCUGUUACCAAGGUCUUGACAGAUGUUAGUUCUGAUAGUAGUUCUGAUACAGAUUAUUAUUAAUGAGACGUAUAACCAGUCUUUAGAACUGAUAUGUUAACCAUAAAAAUGAAAGUCUUACCAUCAAAAAUUAGAAGUCUGAGCAUGUCAAGCUUCAAUACAAAACUUAGCUAAAUAUGCAGAAUUGAACCUUUAACUUUUCAUAUUUAUCAGAACAGAAACAUCACAUGAACAUGUGACAUCCAGCCAAUCAGGUAAGGCUUCUUAUUGCGGGCCGGACAGUAGGUGAGACCAAGCUGUUCCAGAAAACAAAUGAUUUUUGUUUGUUUGUUUUACUUUCGAGCUGCAGAUCGAUUAUCAUCAAAACUGGAACAUAAAAAUGCUUGAAACCUUUUCAGUUUUUACAUAAUAAGCUUUGAAUUUAAUAUUUUUUUCAAACUUUUUGAGAAGUGAUAAAAAAAUAUUAGAUCUUUUUUCCACUGUAUUCUAAUUUUUUGUGCUGCACCUGUAUAUUUCCUGUACAGGUAAACAAGCUGAUGGGUAAACUUUGAUUUAUUUAUGUUUACCAGACACUAAAAUGCUGCUGCCAGUGUUGGUGAAUAGGCAGGGUAAAAAACAAAAGCACAAGAUUGGUCACAGUUAUGUUUACAAAGUGAUGAUGAUGGUGAACUUUUGUUCUUUUAAAGGUGCUGUUGGGUUGUUUUUUGCUUUAGAAAGUUAACACUUUGAGCUUCUUGUAACAGUUCCUGCUCUCAUUUUUAUGUGCUUACUACUGGAUGAAUGUUUCACAGCGUCUGUCUGUACCAGUGUUGUGUGUGCGACUGUGAAUCAAGGAAAACCAAAGUGUGCUGUGUAGGUGGUACAGAAUGUCCAAUCAGCUGAUGGUUGUGUAUUUUUCAGCACUUUUCCAAGACACGCUUCGAUGCACGUUUCCUAAACUGGCAAAGUUUGAGGUGGUUGGAAAGAAAGCAUUUAUUUAUUGAGAAGCUCAAAUUAAUGUGGAGGUACUUUCUCUUGGCUCACUUGAUUGAUUAACUGAGAGUGUUGGAAGUGUCAGUGUGUCUCACUUUGUACUUUUAUGGGUCUAGAUAGAGAUUACUAGACACUGGAAAUGAUCACUGUUUUCCUGAAUUGUACACAUUGAAUCUGUGUGGAGAAAAGCAAACCUUGUGUUGUACAAUAGUAUCAGUUUUUACACGUGCAAUCAAGCCCCCUUCUGGAAAGAUCCGUGAAAAUGGACUUACUGAAGAUGUACUGUAUUUGUGCAAAGAUGAAGCUGCUUUUGCUGUCCAGGGUUUGCAUGGAACACAGACAACACUCCCGGCAUUGAUCUUCACUCUCUGCUACUCAAGUUUGUAAUCACUGCAGUGUUAUUUUUACGCUGAAACUUCUGAUAGUUCUGUUUGAGAUUGCUUUAACUUCUGCAGAUUAAAGAAAAAAAAAACACACUGACCAAAACAAUGAAUGUAUCAACCAUAUCUCUGUAAUCUGUUCCCUACUUGAGAACAUAUCAAAAGUGAUUUCUCACUGUUAUCAGAACACUUGCACUCCGGGUCUGUGCUGCUCAAGUGCUGAGAUAAAAAUCUGUACUGAAUCACUCCACAGUUUGAGAAAUUGGAUUUCAUAUCUCUUUUAUGACUUGAUUUUUUUUUUUUUUUCAAACAAGUGCAAAUUACUUUCUCUGUAUCAUGUCACUACUGAUUUGCUGUAUUUAUUUCUUACUUUUUGGGGGUUUAUAUUUGAUCAAUCUUACAGCUUUAGCAUGAAAUAAAUCACUGCAUUUAAAAUCCCACAGUGUGGAGAUUCAUUUAAUGAACAUGCAACAUGAUUCUCUAUCCA